AUGUUGAAAAUAAGAAGGAUUAGACUAAAAAAUUAUUAUUCAAACAAUUCGUUCGCCUGCUGCGUGAAAGAUUUAGAAGACAGCACAGAAGAAAAAAAAAAGAGAGCCAGACGUAUACUUCGCACAAUAGGUGAGCCGCUGUUUUUGUAGGUGGGACGUUGGCAAAUGGGAAGAUUACAUUGGGUAUCAAAAUACGAAUUCGGUAAAUCGCAAAGAAGGUUAAAUUCGUGUUUUUUUUCCUCGUAUAAGCAAGGUAAACGAGAAAUCAACACGAAUAAAACCGAUGUAUCUUUGUUGUUAUGUCAAACUUUUCGAAAAACUGUCGGAAUUUAAAAUAAAAUUCAAUCGAAAAAUCAAAUUGUAUUCCAUUUUUGCAUUCGUUUUGACGCGUACGCAUACGAAACGCAUUACCAUAUUGCCGGUUCGCAUAUUACCCGUACUAAUACAGUUGUUAAUAUUUGUUUACGGUAGUCAGUUACCUAUCCAAUAAUAAUAAUAAUAAUAAUAAUAACGAUGAUAAUAAUUAUUGGACCUCGGCCAAAUCGAAACGAGCUGUUUAUUUACGUAUUCACGUUAUGAAAAUAUCAUAGCAAGCGGUGUACUGUGGUGGUAAUAAUAAUACCUACUUGUUUUUAAAACGUGUUCAUUAAUCGUACGAAACGUAUGCGAGUUGACCAUUAAUAUCGUGUAAUAAUGUCGUUUGAAACGCGAUUUUUUAUGCGCCGCCGCCGCGGACGUAUUCAAACGUUUCGAAAAAAUUCCACACGUCAUAAUACAAUAAUAUAUUAUACAGGGUGGUCCCCGAACGUUACGCGUUACCGCAGUCCCGGGGGCGGUAUAGCGGCCGCCGCGCUGCUGCCGGCGCUCUCCGGGAGCGUACGCGAUUCCGGAACGCCCGGCAGGUUUCGUUCGGUUUUGUUUACAGUUGGUUUUCGGCAAAAGUCACUUUCGUUUUUAUUGUUUGUUCGCCGGACCGGCGGCGGCGCGCGCGUAUUGGUAACGCGCGAUCGCUGCCGUCGUAAUCUCCCCGUUUUGAGGCCGCGCCGUGUUGUCGUUUCGGCGCUUGUUUGGGGGGACGGGGAAAAACAUUUUUUUUUUUUUUUUCCCCCGCGCGGCUCCGCUAUAGCGCGACAUUUUCGGCGAUAUGCGCGGCUCGUCCGUUUACCCCGCGGGACCCGAACUGCGUUGCGUGUGCGUAUAGGGUGUGUGGACUCGAUCGAUUUCGUUUCUAUGAACUUUUGUCGGAUCCCCGUAUCCGCGGGGCGUCCGCGAGUGAACACAAAACACACACUCGUAUGUGUGUGUGUGUGUGUGUGUGUGUGUGUAUACGUGUAUUGCGCGCGUAACGUUCUCCCCUAUUUUCCGCCCGUCCUGGCUGUUCGAACGUAGUAAAUCCGGUCGUCAAAGGCCUGUAUGCCAUGUGCGACGUAAUAACAGGUGAACGUCGCUCGAUUCGUUCCGCAGAGAACACUGUCGAAAUCACAAUGGCCGCGGGCGGGCGACACGCGCGUGUCGCCCGGCUUAACGCCGCGACGCGAGGAAAUAGUCGCGCGUCGUUUUCGCGUGAUUACGUGCGGCCGCGGGUUUUGUACGUUUUACUUUUGCGAAAAUCGAUAGGAGCGCCGACCGAACGGUGUGCGCGCGCGGCGUGUGGGUUGAAAAGGUAGGUGGCGAUGGUAUCUGCGGCGGUUUUCCGUCUCGGGAGGUCGGCUCGAACGCGAAAUCGCCACAUCUUGUAGGCCGCCCGGACGACCGUCGAAUACGAAACGCCGUCUCCGAGAACGCGCGCAUUAUAACAAUGUACCCGCGGCCGCAAAGUGUUAUCUCGUUGCUAUAUUAGUUUUUGAUCUGCUGCGUUGUUUGACUUGUUUAAUUCCGUUUACAGUUCCACGGUCCCGCGUGACUCUGCCCGCGCGACGAACGGAAAAAAAAAAAUGAAAUAUAUAGCCUACGUCGCUAUCGGGAACAGCCCGUGUACAGCAAUGGCUUUCUAUCGGUACAGACCGAUUUUCAAAAUCGGAUCGGCGGUUCCGGAGAUUGCCGCCUUUAACAAACACACAAACUCACACACGACAUGGCCUUUUCAUAAUAUUCACCGAGUAUAGAUCGCGAUUCACGAUUUACGAGUAUACCUAAAUACAGCUGUAAACCAACAAGAAACGGCGAAAGACCGACUACUGGAGAUACGGAUGAGAUGGGUUGAUCGUGAUGGGCGCAGGCGGAUGACGUUGAAUCGCGCGCGUGGAAGUGUGGUCGGGGGGGGGGCUUUGCAUCUGUUGAUGUUUGAUUUUUUUUCAGACGUUUUUUGUAAACAAUAAAUAUUUCAUUGACAUAAAUCUCAGAAUCGUUUCGAACGUUUUCAUCAAUAGUAUUUAUAUUAUCAUCAGUAUCGUUUUCUAUCCGAGAGAAAUUAAAACAUAUACACGUUACGCACUUUAUAAAGAUAUAAAACAUUUAUACCAUCAGUUACCUGUUGAUCUGUGUGUAAAAAUAUAAGUCGUAGAACGCAGGGCUUUAUUUAGCAUAAAUGCAGCGUUUGACCUUCACUAAUAUUCCGCUAUCCUUUUCCGAAUUCUGUUGGACCGAAACAAUUUAGUUAGUCUUAGUUCUUAGUGAUUACGGUUGAGGACAGCCUACCACUGAUUUUCGGUCGAGUAUUUUUUCCGCCGGUAUCUAAUUUAUCGUUCAAUAACCAAUGAAACAAUAAUCAAUAAAUACGUUUCAAUAACGAGAUGAUUCUAUAAUUAAUCAAUUUGUGUUGACUCGUUUAUUCACAUCUUUGGUUUCUGCGUGAAUAUUUGAUAUCUUUUCCUAUGGUUUAAAACAGUAGUCGGGUGUUCUAUUCGUUUGUUCGGUUAUAUUAUUACUAUGUUUAAAAUAAUUAGACGUUUUGACGUAAAUACGGAAUGCAAAUUAAAAUUCGAUCAGCUUGUGCGCUUUCAUCGAAACACUCCGAACUACGAAUGUUGUUUUUCAAAACAAAUAAGAAUACCGAUAGCGAUAGCUUGAUUACGUGCAAUAUUAUAAUGCGAUAAUAAUACUAUUCCAUAAUACAUAUUGUUAUUUUGGUUAAAAAAUAUUAUUUUUUUUUAUCACGAAAUUAUGACUGUACACUGCACCGCUGGCUGUUUUGUCGCGGAGUUUUGGCGGCGGCAACAACAGCGGAAUAGGGGUACCCAUAUUUUUGUUUAUUCCUAAUCAAUAUCGGUUUUAUUUUUUUCUCACUAUGUCUCUAUGUUUACAAAAACAGAAAGACCAGACGAAAAUUACUCUAUAACUAAUUGUUAAUACUUAAAAAAAAAAAAAAAAAAACUAGACGGUUCUAUCGACGGAUAAUACCCAACGAUUAUUCAAACGAAUUCAAAUGUUUGUUUUUUUUUUUUUUUUUCCGGCGGUAAGCGUUUUCGUCUGUCUCGUUACGAUAUACACGCUUAUCGCUUAUUGCGUAUUUCGUGUGUUUUUCUCCUUACGUUCCCGGUCGUGGCGAGCCUAUAAUGGGGUGUUAUACGGGCGCACGCCGGACGUUGUAAACGGCGCGCGAAACCGUCUCCCGGACGGUUUGGUCGGGUGUUGGGUUCGGACCGUGGUUCAUCGCGACGACGACGGGUCGCGGUAACGUUCGCGCGCGCACCCGUCCGACCCGACACCUUGUGCGAUACAGACAACAUUAUUAAUCGCCGGCCACCGAACGGACUUGAGUGCGCUUACGUUCGUUCGAUGUCGCCGCAUUUGCGUUUACGCGUUUUAACGAACGCGUCACUCUUGACGCCGCGACGGCGAGCACGUGGUCGUUUUGCGCGUCGCCGUAACCCGCGUCGUGUUGCCGAGCGAUUCGCCGUCGACGGUUUACGGAACCGAAACAGAUCCGCCGAAACCCGCAGGUCGGCCCGCAAACGAUAAUAUUCCAGUUAGUUUUGGUCUGGGCAACAGGGGGAGUGGGGAGGGGCCCAGGCAGGAUUUUCGGGAUCGAACCCACGUAUAUACAAGCGAAAAAAAAAAGAAAAAAAAAAAAGAGCUGACACUGCGGACGGGAGUGGCCACCGUUGUGGGUGAGAAGUUGCGGACGCAGGACACGUAAGGUUAUUUCGUUUAAUAUCUGUAAACAACGAUAGAGCGUUGCUUGAGCAGAGACGAUUCCGAGCGCAGUUCGGUAGUGCAUAAUUUGAAGUGCCGUAUUUUUUUUUUCGUUUAAAUUUGAUUUCAAAACGGUUAUUAAAAAAAAAAAAUUCGUCCGAUCAUUUUGAAAGUUUCACCGCAAUUGCGGUUAAUACUUGAAUUUUAAAAUAAAUUUUCAGUCGGAAUUUCACAAGUACGAACCUAUUCGUUUACGUUCUAAUUUGCCUACACAUACAUCUACAUCUAGACGGGAAGUGGCGGAUAUAAAUUUUGUUUAUAACCUCAUCAAUGGCCGUAUAAACUCUCUUUGUUUACUUAAACACGUGCACUUUAAUGGUUCCCUUACACCAUCCCGGAUACCCCACUAUUGUCUAUACCUCCACUCGUAAUACCGAUUUUGCUCGAAAUUCAUCUCUUUCCAGAGCAACGUCAUCAUGUAACAAAUAUCCCGAAUUUGAUUUCUUUCUUGAUAAAGUAUCAAAAAAAAAAAAAACUAAAUCUCGUGUUAAUUAUUGCAGUUGAUAUCUAUUAUAUCUUAUACUAUUAUUAUUACAUUAUUUGUAAUUUUGCAUUACAUCAAUAUCAAUAUUUAUAUUUAAUCACUAUUAUAACCGUAUAAUAUAUUACCUAUUGUUUUAUUGUAAUGUAUUAUUUUGUUUCAAUUGGGUUCACGCCCGUUUUAUAUCAAUGAAUAAAUCAUUAUUAUUGUUAUUAUUACAUUUUUGUUUUAGAUUGCAUAAUAAUUGACAAAAUGCAAAUGCAAACGGAAAAUGGAUGAAAAAAUAUUUUAACUAUUUUUUUAAUUGUAAAUACAAUCACUUACAUAUAUAUAUAUAGGUAAAAAUAACAAUAUAGGUAUAAAAUAAUAUGUUAUGAAAAUAUAAAAUCCAAAAAUAAUACAAUUUCGGCUUUCCGAUUGACGGUAUAAAAACGAUUUGGGUAUUUUAAAUAGAUUUGACAGAAAUAUUGCUAAUAGUUCAACUGAACUAACUACAGAAUACUGUUUUAAUUCAAAAUUGUUUGCGUUGCAUGUUUAUUCAAUUUUGUUACAAGUACGUGAUGUACAUUAGAUUUUUUACUAAAAUAAAGUGGUAUGAUGAAAUUUGGUUUGUUUUUCUUAAAAUUUAUAUUCAAAAAGCCGGACAACGUUGCACGGGGGUGCAACCACUGUUAUAGAUGAGUAGUCGGGAAGGUUGUAGAGGGGAAAUUUAAUAUGUAUCUGUAAACAACGAUAGACCGUUGAUAAUGAAAAACGAUUCUGUGGUUAACUGAGCAGAGUUCAGUUGAUAGUGUAGCUUUGUCAACAGUAUAUAAUGCCAUUUUAAGGUGAAAUAAUUACAUAGGUAUUGCAUAUUUACUUUAAUAAUAUUUUUUUAAUAUUGUACCUAUUUUUCUAUUUUUCUUACGAUUUUCCCGUGUUUUUUCCCAGUUUUUCCCAUUUAUUGGGAAAACUUCUGGGGUAAAUCGAAUAAUCACCACUCUAAAGUACAUCUACAGUAAUCAGAUUUCCUUUCAGAAAAAGUGUUGUCAUUGUAAAUCGUAGCAAAAUGUCUGGUAGAUUAGUUGUUCACGGAUAAAAAAAGGCCAUAAUAUUUUUUUACUAAUACCUACAUUUUCCGUUUUCCGACAUGUUAUCCCGGUUUUUCCCAGAUAUUACGAAAAUUGCUUGAAAUAACAAAAAAUUACCUCUUUUAAUUCCUAUGGAGAUAAAAUUUCCUUUCAGAGAAUACGCUAUACUUGAUAUAUUGGAACAAGAUUUCUAGUAAAAAAGUUUGCACAACAAAUCGAAGGGUAUUUGCGAUUAAAAUAGUCCGAGCGAGCGAUAACUGGUUUUCUAGAUACAUCUAAAAUGCAUUUGUUUUUUUCCUGUUUAGGUAAGUGGGUAAAAGUAAGUGCAAACAAUUUUUUUCGAGUAACGGUUUUGAACUCGUGACUCUUAAGAUGACAAAAGGUACGUAUAAUAUGUGUUAUUUAUUUUAACAUAUUAUACUCGCCAUAAAAUCAGAACUACAAAAAGCUUUAAUUUCGAAACAUAGUCAGUCCACUCAAUUGUGACCACACCAUCGUUUUUAAAUCACAAUAUACAUAUCUUCUAGAAAAAAAAAAAUUAAAAAAUUAGAUUUGUUCCACAUAAUUUUUUACUCGGACGAUUUUGAUAUUACUAAAAUUUGAUACUAAAAUUCCCUUAUAAAAAAAAUACUACAUUAAACUCAAUUUUUUUUUUUACUGCAAAGUAUAACCCUUAGUGAACCUCUUAUUAAAUUUUGAAGCAUUUCUGUUCAAAUCUAACAAUUUUACUACAGAGUACUUACUGAAUAAAUAUUACGUACAAAACUCUCAGAAUUAAAAUAUCUAUAAAUACUUCGAAAAUGGCUUGAAUUUUUUGAAAAUUUUACCAUGUCUAUAAAAAAUCAAAUAUAAAUUUUCUGUCCAAAUUUAAAGCCCAUAGAAUCUCUACGAAUAUUUUAAACUGAACUACAACAAAUAACAAAAUUGAAAAAUAAUAAAAGCAUUAUUUUCGUAAAUUUCCCGUUUUUAUUACGUUUUAUCCCGGUUUUUCCCAGGUAUUUCAUAAUAUGAAAACCGCUUGUAAAAUCAAAAAAAUGGUCUCUAAAAAGUACUAUAUGGACAACAUUCCUUUUCAGAAAUGGUGCCACGCGUGUUUAUCUGAGCAAGAUUUAUGGUAGAAUUUUUGUACACCGGAUAAAAAAAUAAAAAAAAAUAACCAUCUUGGUAAAACCAAUACAUUCUUCGCGACAUUCAGAAUCUAAUAUUCAAGUUUAAUAAGAAUUCUAAUUAAUUGUUCUUUAUAAAACAUGUUUUAAAGCCAUUAAAGUUUUUGGAUGUAUAGAAAUGUACCAGAUUGAACUAUUAUUUAAAAAAAUUGUUCUGUUUUUAAACACAUUGACUUGGACCAAAAAAUGGCUUUUACGGCCCUUUAUAGAGAUUGAUAAUAAUGGGACACUGCGUGGGUAUGAACGGAGUAAUAUUCAGUUCCCGGGUAUUCAAUAAAACGGUUCUGCGCGGAUUGUAGUAAAAUAUCACAUACCUAUUAGUCGGUGUUUUUUUUCUCGUCGCCAAAGUCACCCGAAAACCGACGGUAGAGCCUAACGGGAGCUGGCGAAUUGCCGAAAACGUCGCGUGUGUCGUUACCGCCAGGCAGGAAUUCCGCGUCUCUUAAGACAUAACGCGGACAAGUCGGUGGAUUCUUACUAACCGUAUGCGUAUUUUCAGAGAAUACAAAACGAAAAGAACACACGGCUUUCAAAGACUUACAAUAAUAACAUGUGCGAUAAACUCGAAGUACUAUAGCGAGUAUAAUAACGUGUAGCAGUUUAAAUCCCGUAUGCAACGGUACACACAACGUAAAAUAUAAGAAGGAAAAUACGAAAAACAGCAAACAAUUCCAAUAUGGUUAUGUAUGUACACGUACUACGUGUAGUUAAAAAUAAUUAAAACCAAACUGUAUACAUGCGUAAUAUGUUAUAACUUUAUACUUCGCUGUUGUAUAGUAAAUAAACGGAAAAUACGUUAACACGUAUCCGAUGGAAAUACUAUUAUUUCUCGAUUUUCGCCGAGCACUGGCGAAUUCGACUAAAAAUACGUUCCCGCUUUUCGAGACGGACAUUUUCGGUUUUUCACUUCUCCCCCUCACCUGCCCCCCCCCGUUAUUAAGAUAAAUACCCGAGCCCGGAUAUGGCGAAAAACCUGUCUUCCCGACGCAAUUCCAGCCGGACCAGAAUCCGGUCGAAAACUACUACCUGCUGUAGUUACCAUACGGGGAAAAAAACCAGAAAAAAAAAUAAUAAUAAACCGACAUACUUCGCAUGAUGGGUGGGCCCAUUAUUGUGGGUAAAAAAUUGGGAAGGCAAAGGAGAAACUUAAUGUAUAUCUGUACGCAAAUAUUAGUCUUUGGUAACGAAAACCGAUUCUGAGGGAAAUUUAAUUGAACGGCCCCCUCCCUCCGAUGAUUUGAUCUGGCUACGGGCCUGCAUUGUAAAACCAAUGCGGUUCUCGCACCGCUCGGAAUCUAAAAGAACUCGCGUUCGAAAUCAAUAAAAAAAAAAAAAAUUAUAAUAACACCACGGUCGGUAGAAAAUUCCGGGUUUCGACUUUUCAAUUGUAUAAUAUACCGAAAGAUAAUACGAAGACGCGCGCACAAAAGUACGCACACGAUGUACGAGUUUAAUUUCUACGGCGGCGGCGGUUUCUUUUAUGUAACGUAAUGACGAUUUGCGGCCGCGCGGACACUAUGUUAUUAUUUUCACGUGCGAUAAUCGAAUUACAAUCGAUAAAACACUCGCGUUUCUGUUAAAAAAAAAAAAUUAAAAAAAAUCAAAUCGUAAUAUUUCGUCCGACACAGACGUCUGUGCAGGGCAUGUAGGUUCGUCUCCGGACGAAAAAUGCAAAAAUGCCGUUUGAAAAACACGCGCACGCGACAGUAACGAUGACAAUAGUAACGUGACUGCGCGACCGCAAAAACAAAUCUAACGCGCUCGAAAAGCAAAAUUAAACGACAAGACGUAUCGUGCAGACACGGGCGUACGACCUACUCAACUAUACAAAACGAUUUCGUUCGCCGACGACGACGGUUUCACGAUUUCUGGAGGAGUACAUCAUCAUUAAUGCGCCUAUAUGGGAAAAAUAUUACGACGGCAUUUUCAAGGCCUGAACCCGUUCGGUGUAUUUAUUUAUUUUUUUUUUUGUCUCGCUAAAUAAAUAUUACAACGAUAAAUUACAAUUCGGGCGGUACAGAAAACGAAACGAGAAAAAAAAAAAAAACAAAUCCUCGAGCGCCUAUACACGCGAAUAACGCGGAUCGUCGUCGAUUUCGGUGUAUUUUUUUCUACAACAAUAAUUGCGUUUAGUCGUCGAUUCGUUAGGUUUAUUACAUUGCCGGUAUAAAUCAUACAAGUCCGUUCUAACGCACGUGUUAGGUUGAAAAUUAAAACAUCUCAAGUAUAACCAUAUUUAUCAAGGACGGAUCCAGGAGGCCUAGGCCCAUCCCCCCCAUAGACAUAUUAUCUGUUCGAUUUUUUUUUUAGUUUAUAAUUCUAUAGAUCUUGACAUUACGAUAUUCCGAUCACUGAUAUGUAUGAUAAAACAAUAUACACAAUACAUAUUAUAUUAUAUUUUAAUAUUGUAUCUGUGUUGUAAAAAAAAUUUUGCCCCUCCCCCCCCCCAUAGAUCUUUGUUCUGGAUCCGUGCCUGAUAUGGAUAUACUUAUUGUUUGACAAACAAGCAAUGUACCUGAUAUCGGGGCUGGGCAAGUUCAGUUUUGUAACUGUAUUUGCUGAGGAUAUUGUGGCGAGUUUUGUGACACUGAUGUGGUUGACUAUGAUAGUGAUAAUUCGAUACUGUUGAUUGAGAUAUUUAUAAAAUUGGUGUUGACUGCAUAGACAUAGUUACUUGUGAAUAUUGAUCCAUUGCUUUAAAUAGCGGAUUUUAUUUGUCAAUACGCGUACGCUCAUAGGAUUUUAUUUUAUUUUUCGUAGUCUGAAUUCCAGAGAGAUUCCAUUUUUUUUCUCACCUCUUGUUCUCCACACAUUAGAUUGUCGGAAAUUUUAACAAAAACGUCCUAGGACUAAGAGGUCGGGUGCACCCGCUGUUAUAAGUAAUUUAAUGUAUACCUGUAAGCAACGAUAAAUCAUUACUCACGGAAAAACGAUUCUGAGCGGUGUCCAGAUGUUUGUCAACAAUUUGUAUGUCAUAUUAUAGUUUAUAUAAUCAAAUAGGCAUUGUAUAUUUUCUUUAAUAAUAUUUGUUUAACGUACUGAUUUUCCCGUUUUUUUCGGUUUUCACAUUUGAUUAGAAAACUCUUGAGAAAACCGAUAAAACGACCUCUUUAAAGUACCUGUCCAGUCAAAUUUCCUUUUAGAAAUAUUGCUAUCAUUAUAAAUUGUAGCGAAAUUUCUGGUAGAAAAUUUGUCCACAGAAAAAAAAAAUCGUUGUAUUUUACUAAUAUAUUUCAUACAUUUUCCCGUUUUUUUUUUCGAUUUUUCACAUUUAAUGAGAAUGAUUUUCAAUCUACAAUAAAAAUGUUUACGAAAAAAAAAAUUAAUAUACAGCGAAACUCGCUUUUUAAGGGACCGGUUUGUAUUAUUAUUAUGGUUGGACUCCGUGACGUAUCCGUUUAUUCGUACAGCACAGGCAAAUAUACGACGACGGUCGCGCGCUGUAAAACGCCGAUAUUAUCAUCGCAUUUGAUUCGACCGGUUUCGCGGGAUGACUCGACAGUGGCGUGACUGGAACUUCAAAUGCCUACGGCAAAAUAUCGUAUAAAGGCCGAUAACGAUGCAGCGUCCGCCUAUACGAGCGUCGAAAUAACAAUUUUUACGGUAAACACGCGGGAGAACUAAGGGGAGAAAAAAAAAUAGUUUUCCCACAACGCAUUCGUGUAUCGGAGGCGGCGGCGUAGACGCAAAUCCGUUGUACGGUGCUCGUUAAUUUGUUUAAGACGGCCGCGGUGUGUAAAUAUACGAAAAGGGUUUGGACGCAUAGGUACUGCACCGCGAUGGCGCGCGUGUGUGCAGUGUAGACAUUUCACACCUAAUAAUAAUAAUAAUAAUAAUGUGGUGCCGCGCUAUACGUGAAUUCCCAGCGUUUUAAAAUCGUUUUUAAGUCGCGGUCAUUUUCGCGCCAAUCGUUUUGGUACAUGCUCCCAAAUACUAUGUAUGCGCUCGCUAACCUAAACUGUUAUAAACGAGAUCUUUUCGAGUUUUAAACAAAAAAACACGGACAUACCACGCACUUGGGCGCAGCAACUGUUGUAGCCGGGAAGUUGGGAAGGUACGAUAUUGACGGGAAUAUAAUAUGUAUAUCUCUAAAUCAACGAUAAACCAUUGCUAACGAAAAAACGAUUCUGAGCGGAGCUCGUUUGAUAAUGUUGCUUAUUCGCCAACAAUAUAUUACAUGUGUAUAUUAUAUGGCAAAAUAAUUACAAAUUGUGCAUUCAACGUUUUCUUUAAUAUUGUACAUAUUUUCCCGAUCUCUCGUUUUUCCUCCAUUAUUUUUUCGGUUUUUCAAAUAUAUCGAGAAAACUCCUGAGAUAAUUAAAAAAUUACUUCUAGAAAGUAUCUCCGCAGUAAAAUUUCUUUUCGGGAAUAAUGGUUUGAUUGUAAAUCGGAGUAAAACUGCUGGUAGAAAAAUGUAAAACCAUAAGUUUACUCGCUCCACUCAGAAUCCGAAAAUGGGUUGCCGUUCGACAACGCUCAGAAUUAUAAUACGGAUAUACGCUGUAACCGUCCGUUUGCACGUUCAGUUCUGAACUGAAGAUCAAUGUAGCCUGCGCUACUGCAGCACAGUCAGAAACGCGCAAAUAAAUUAAAAUGUUACCGAACUGUGUCGAUAAUUGCACCUAGCGGAACACCAAAUUGGUCAGUUUAAAUUCUGGAUAAUUUUCCGGACACGCGGAUUUCGGAGAUUUCGAGUAUUCAGGUACGUUGUCGCGUAACUCAAAAUCCGUUAUGGUUUCGUCUGAUUCCGACGGUCUGACAGAACUUUGGUAGCGUCACGUCGCGUGUCGUGCGAUUUGUUUUUUUUUUUUUUUGGUUCGCGCCGAGGACAAUGAAUGACAUUUUGCGGAUUGGCGUUCGGACCGCGAAUAACACGGUACCGCGUUGUCGACAACCGUAAACGAUGCGCGAUGAGCAGUUAAACUAUUAAAGAGUACGACACGCGACGCGUCCGGUUCGGUCUUUUCGGUAUUUGGAAUUUUUUUAUUUUUUUUUUCUCCUGUACAAAUUCCGCGGGCAUUCGUGUACGCGCGCGGUUUUUCGAUUCCGGGAUUUCACGCGCCGCAUACGGCGGCAGUGGCGACGAACGGACAAUCGCAGCGCGGCGGAUUUCGCGAGCAGGUAGGUGUUUGUUCGCGGGCGCGAGUGCCGCGUUUAUUAUCAUAUGCAUUCCGGAAAUGCACCCCGCGCCGGCGGCCGGCGGCCCGGAAUCGAUACGAUGCACCGCCGCCGCCGCCGGGCGUAGCUGAUAUGUGACGAUCGCGCGGUGCAUAAUGUGUGUACGUACGUGCGCGCGGCGGCGGCGUCUGCAGACGGGUCGAAAAACGGCACCUCUCUUUCGCUCUCUCGGUCUCUGGAAAUCGCUCGCCCUCUCGCUCUCACUCACUCACUCUCUCUCUCUCUUUUGCUGUCUCGCCCUCUCUCUUUCUCUCUCUCUCUCUCUCUCUCUCUUUAGCUGUCUCGCCCUCUCUCUUUCUCCCUCUCUCUCUCUCUCUCUCUCUCUCUCUGUGGAAAUCUCCACCGGGCACCGGCGGGUUUUGCGCAAGCCCCGUCCGCCGUCGUUACCGUCGCCGCCGCCGCCGCCGCCGCCGCCGAGAUCUUGAACUUCACACGCCGGGACCUCGGCGCGACGACGACGACGUUACCCCCACCGGGCCGCGACGGGUGCGUGCGCGGCGGCGCGGCGCUCGCGCGGCCGCCGCCGCCGGCGCGACGGGGGUAGGGGAAGUGUGAAAGAGCGGCUCGGGCGGCCGCGCGCCAAGAACAGCUCCGUCGGCCGGUGUCCGCGAUCAUCAUCAGUGGUCGUCGGUUCGUUGUCCCGUAACGCCGCCGCUUGCUGAGCAGGCCACACCGAUAGACUACCACCGCCAGGGAAGACACCGCCGCGCGCUGUAUAACAUACGCCGACACAGAUUAUUUCCCAUUAUAUUUUUCACGUAUCAGAAGUACGAAAUAAUAACGUAAAUUUUCAGUUUUUUUUUUUUUUUUUUUUUUCCUGCCACCGGUUCCCCAUCCGAUUUUUCGCAUAACAAAAUAAUUACUGUCGCCGUCGUCGAGUACCGGGUACCGUUUUUCCUACAAGGGGACGCCGUAUUGACCGCGGCCUGCUGCCCACCUCCCGCACAUCAAGUGUCCGCCGUGUCCCGUCACCGCGAUCUGUACCGCGGCUGCACACCGGGGUAACGACGACGUCCAGGACGCCGAGCGCAUCGGCAAGUCGCGGAAAACCGUACCGAAAAAUCGCCACGAUUUGCGGAAGGUCAGUAAAAAAAAAAAAUCAUUACAAUUUUAAUAUAACAUAAUAAUAACAGUAUAACAUUAAUAUGAUGUUUCGUGUUUCCUCGGCGUUUAUUUUUACCGUUUGGUUUUUCGGAAAAACUGUAAUGUCGUUUUUCUCGCUCGACAAAUCUCCCGAGUCUUUAGAAAAUAUUUACCGUUCUGACCGUCGUGCGCGAACGCGGGUCAUAAACUCCGGAAAAAUAUUGUCUCGAGAACCUCGGGAAAAAAAAUAUUCAGAUCGGUUCUCAUCAUGUGUGACGGUCUUAAAGGCCGGUCACUGUUUUCUUCUCGGACAUUUUUAUCGGCCAUCUCGAAAACACGUCAUGACCAUAAUAUAAUUGAUCUCGAUAAUUUUCCGAGACUAUCGUAUGUGCGACGUAUAGAACAAAUCGCGGACGACUUGUGUGGCGUUCCCGUGUACUUUACGAUUUAUAUUCUCUCGAAAAAUAUCUUACCAAUAUAUUUCUAUCGCCGCCCGUUCGUGUCGCUGAAAUCGAAACUGUAAUUUUAAUCGUAUUUAUUUCGGUAAUUACGAUUAAAAAAUCCUCAAAUUUCGUACGGUGUGUAGUAGAUAUAUAUGUAUUUAAAAAAAAAAAAAAAAAAAAAAAAAUUCGGCGAUAUUUCAAUUUAUCGUUCGUCCAACAAUACCGAUAUCCAUUUCGGUACGUAAAGAUAGUAUGCGAACCGCGAAAGAUAUAUUCAAAAAUUCGCCGUUCAACGCCUUUAAACGGCGUAUUUCGUAUAAUAAUCCGUACACUCUCCGAAACGAAACGGACGGGUACGACGCCACUAGCGGACACGAGGUGUCCCGAACGAUAUUUUUAAAAUCAAAAUCGCCUCGUAAAAAAAAAAAUUUAAAAAAAAAUAUAUAUACAUAAAAAAAAACACGCACGUAGGUAUGUUAGAGAUGGUAUGAGAAUGGACUUUUUUUUUUUUUGUAAUUUUAAACCAGUUCGUCGCUCAUUCGUAUGCGACACUCGGUAAUUAAAUUGUGCGAUGCAGUGUGCAGUUCCGAUCGGGUGUGUGUGCAUUAGAAACGUUUAAUUGUUCCGAUGACACGCUUUUUAAUAUAUCGACACACGAUUGUGAAUUAUCGCACGCGAUGCGAUUGUCGACGGCAGCACCGUGUUCGUUUAUUCCGGGCCGGGCGCGGACGUCCGGAAGACGAUUUCGGAUCGCCCGACGGUUGUUGUAACGAUCGCCGUUCGGAAACGACGCCGAAAUUGACUACUAAACUGUUACUACAAUCGGCGUGACUAUAAUACGGCCGUAAUGGCGUUCGCGAUUCGAUAGUAUUUGACAAUGUGUAUCGUUUUUCGCUUUUUGUUUCGACAAUAUUUCCCGGGCGUUCGAUCCGGAGUUUCCGAAGAUUCCGAGCGUUUUAAACGUUCCAAACGCGACGCGAUUUUAAUUUAUUAUUAUUAUUAUUUUAUUUUUUUUUUUUAACACAAUUAUAUUGCGCGCGCGGUGCAAUUCCUAGUCGUUCUCCGAUAGUAAACCUCCUAUUGCGUACACAUAGUUCCGGACGAAAAAGUAACGCGUUUUUCCGAUCUUUGUUCCUAUUUAUUUAAUAAUAAAUUACGAUGAAAAAAAAAAAAACAAAACCUGCCGCGUUAUUUUUCGACGCUUUUGAAACGUAGACAUUGUAAUGUCGUUAUAUAUUAUUAUUAUUAUAUAAUCGUCUACGAUGUGAAAAACGCGUUUCAAUAAUCAUAAAUCGCGUUUAAAACGAAAAAAAAACUCAUCAUACUUAUCGCUUUCCCCCACCCCUCUCCUAAAAAUAUUUUCUAUCGAGAAAAGUCGCGGCUAAAAAAAUCCCCGCUCGUUGUAUGCCGUUUGCGUUCGGCGAUGUUUUACAAAAACUGUUAGAUCACAAUAUGUGUGUGAUUAGUGGAUUUUUUUUUUUAUAACGAUUAAUUUCCUCUUCGGUUUUACGAUUUUCAAUAUUGUUGUUGGCGUUUAGCGGAGAUUACCCCGUAACGGUGAUUUCUUUUUUUUUUAAAUCGUUCGUAAAGCCCGCGGACAGCCCGAUGUCGAUUCAUUCGGUUCGGUCGCAGUGGCCACCCACAGGCGGUUGAUAAACGGGUAGCGGAUUACAAAACGAUCGUUUGUUUUAUAAAAAAAAAAAAUAUAUAUUAAGUACCUAUAGGUUCGAUGAUGUUGUCGUGGUGUUAUCGGCUGGGGUUCGGACUCGGUUCGAUUGUACUGCGGGAACAUUGGUUUUACGGUAAAUGACGUUGGGAAAAGGACGAUUUCAAGGGUUACGUUUCACGCGUAAAAAAUAAAAUAGUUUAUAAUUUAUCCGCGGCGCGCGACGAAUCGCGUGUGUAAUGUUAUGCAGACGCGAAGGCGCUGCGGGUGCCCGUGCCGCGUGUACGUAUGGAAAAAUAAAAAAAACGAAAUCACGCGUAGUUUGAGGACGAAUUAUAUUUCCGUAAAAAUAUUUGACAGAUUUAAUUUAAAAAAAAUAAUAAUAAUAAAAAUAAACGUGUGGCGUUCGGCCGUUCGUCCGUAGAGAACGGACGCGGGAGUUUAUUAUUCGUGCGUUCGAGCGGUCUCGCGACGGAAACGCUCCGUCUAGAGAAAUAAUUAGGAAUAAAAUACGCGGACAAAGAAAAAAAAAAUCAAAAGUUCCGUAGAUGUACCGUGAAUCUACCUAGGCGAAUCGGUUAUUCGUAAAAAAAAAAAAAAAAAAAAAAAAAAAAAAACAGUCGACGACAAAUGACGGCGAUUAACGCGUUUUCGGUUUUUUUUUUUUUUUUUUUUUAGCGUGAUUCGCGUGUUACAACGUUAUGAGUUAUUUAAAAAAAAUAAUAAUUUAGAAGUAUCCAUAAUUAGCGCUCCGGUACGGUAACAUCGAAACUCUCCGGUAAACGACGAAAACAAAUCGCGUUUCGUUACUAUUUCACGUUUUUUUUUUUUUUUUUAUUUAACGUUUUUUCCCCCGAGUCGACGGACACGUGAUGUACGUGGUUUAUCGUGUCGGUGUGGGUUUACGCGAUUGAAAAUCAAUACAAUCGUAAGUGCGGAUCGAGCGUUUUUUUUUUUUCUCGAUAAUCGCACCGGCCGACAAACAAUAAAAUAAUAAUUACGUUAUCGGCAUACCCGAGCGUAGGAUACGGGUUCGGUGUGUGUGUGUUUUUUUGGCGAUCGUUUAGUGAUCUUCGAGGCGAAGGUUUUUUUUUUCGUUUUGUAUUUCUUCGGCAAAUAAAAUACAAUCAAUACGGUUUAUCGCAACGAAUUGCCCAAUACUUUUACUUUUUAACGGCGCCGUUCCCACCGGCCGCCGCGCCGUCGUAAUAAACACGGGACGUUUAUUAUGUUUUCGGUUUUUUCGCGGAUUUUUUUAUUUUAUUUUAUGUUUUUUUCAACGCCCGCGUACAAAUAUUGCCGGUAUUUAUUUUUUUUUUCGCUCUCCGGAAACUCGCGAUGGAUACGAUCCGUGUACAAACAAUCACGCGAGAAAACGUAUUUAAACCGCGGCGUUUAGUUCGUUUUUCAUUGUGUUUGAACUCAUAAUUAAUUCGUUUUUUUUUCUUUUUAAUCUUAUAACUGCAAAACAUAAUAAUUAUUACCGCGGUAGAAUUAUUAAAAGAAAAAAAAAAAAUAAUAAUAAAAUACACAUAAAACCCACUGCAUACAAUAAUACGAUUAUGAGUAUCAUAUUUCCUUGACACGAAUGACGAGUGUUUAAUAAAAAAAAAAACCGCUGAAUCUAUUAUAAUUUAUGUCAGAUUACACGAAAAUUUGAUAAAUCUUUAUGCACUUGCGUGUAUGUGUGUGUGUGUGUGUGUGUGUGUGUGUGCAAUUUAACGAUUCAUUAAGAUAAAUACGAUAUUAUAAUAACGGUAUUCGGGGUUGUUAAACUACGUUUUAAGACCCAUUAAAAUUAGAGGCCUCGAUAGAACACGUUUUUUUUUUUUUUAUUGCUCCCGUGUAUCCGUGUCACGGGUAUACACGAACAUUCAUUUCGGGUGUCCGCGUAAUUCGCGUGACAAGCGAAUUUACGAUGAUUCGCGUGUGUCGUUCGUCUUUUCACGUGUAGAUAUUCGCGCGGAGUUAUCAAUUUCUCGUGUACGCGUGCAAUAAUCUGCAGUCGUCAUUUCGCUCCCCGCGGAAAACAUUUUUAAGAUUAGUGAAAAUGCUCCGAUUUUCCCUCGCCGUCAUUACCUUAAAAUAUACGGAUUUUCGCAUUUGCAUCGUUUUAUUUUUUCGAGUUUAAAAUAAAUAAACAUUUUCUCGGUAAGGCUAAUAUACAUUGAUUUCUUUCACGCGAAUAUGCGAGAUUUCUACCCGGCCGUACUGGAUUUGAAACGUUUAUCUUCGAUGUUCACCCGCGAGACAUAUAUUUUUAUUUUAUUUUUUUUUUUUCAUAUUUUGUUGAUUUCCGGAUCACCGUGUAGUGACACCGUGGAAAACGCAUAGAAACGACUACUGCGCCCAGAGUCGUGUUUCCGUUCCGGCGUCACACCGUACGUCCCGAAUACCCACGAACCACAGCGGUUCGCCGUGACGACGGGUGUUUAUCGUCUUUUUUCGUACACCGCGGCCGUACAUUGACGGCAGAAACUUUCGUUGUAGUUUCCUCGCGAUCAAACUUUUAUCGUAGACUUUCGACGACGAUCGCGAAAACCCGUCUAUUCGCGUCCCCGAGACCGCGAAAUCGGCCGCAUGUUUCGCGUGAGCCGCGUGCCGCUCUUGUUUCCGCCGGAAAACGAAAACGAAAAAAAACCCCGGAGUACGCGCGAAAUUAUCAACGGAAACGUGUAAAUUAAUUCGUGCGAUUGCGACGACAAUAACGCGUCGUCGCGCGUACGCAAUUUAUACUCGAGCCGCGACAUCGCUAUCACUGUCGGACGUUAUUUUUGCGGGAGACGUAAUAAAAAGUCAACGGCCCGGGGCCGUGACAGGCCCGAACGCGCGUUUACACUUUUCGGUCAAACGCGAACGGCCAAGCGACGGACGGUGGAGGGGCGGAGGGGAAAUAAUAUCGUAUAAAUAGCGGCCAAGGUGAGACGGGUUUGUUGAGGUAUCCGGUGUCCGAAACCAGUUCUCGCAUACGCGCAUAUCGUAUUAUAUUUAUACAUUUUUUUUUUUCCCGAAGCGCUUAUAAUAAUAUCUUCCGUUAUGUUCGGUCGACAUACCGCGACCCCGCCGCCCGCCACCGUCAACGGGCACUUUGCACCGCAAACGCGUUUUGUUUUUUUUUUCCUCGUAAUUAAUUAAUCCUCCUCCCUGUUUGGGUGCUCUCUUUUUUUUUUUUUUUCGUAUAUAUUUCUUUUCGCCAGUCGCCUCAAGAAGUCUCGGGUGACGCGCGCGCGCGUAUUAACGUUCACGAGCUACGUACACGCGCGUACGUAUUCACGCACGCGGCGGCGCGUUCACUUAAGCUUUUCUCCGAUAAAAUCUGAGUAUUCGAAAACAUCGGCUUUGACCGCACUUAAAUAUUCCGAAAAUCGGAAUUCGAAUGCACGGCGAAUUCGACCGUGAAAACGGGGCGACCGCGCUUAGCGAAUCGCCCUGUAUACAUUUAUAUACGCGCGUUGUGUUCGAAUUCUCGGUAAUCCGAGAAUCGCCUGUGUAACAGCACAACGUAACCUUCGGAAACGGCCGAAAUUCCAUAACUCAUUUCUCGAAUUCGGUUCGCGGUUAACCGACGGCGACCGGCGAACCAAACCCUGCGCGGGUACGUAAAAUUUCGAUCGCGCGAUUUACAAUAUAGCGUCUCGCCGACGGGGUGACGUGUUCGAAAAUCGCCCGUAAACGAGUACAAGCGGCGCGGAAUCCGGACGGUCCGAUUCUGUUGAACCCGUCUGGUUGUCCUAAAAUUACCAGGGGAACAUUUUACGACGAUUAUUGUGCACGGUUGAAUGUCACAGUUGUUCCGAUCACGUACAAUGCGAUUGUGUGAUAUAGGUAAUUGCGAAUACAAAAAUUGCACGCGAUUUGUAAGUGUUCGUUUGUACAUAAACAUUAAUACUAUAAUAUGUAUACAUAAUUUUUUUUUACCGACCGCGAAAUUUGUGUGUAAUAUCAAAUCAUAAAAAACAAAAAUAUCGAACAAACUGUACGCGCGGUCGUAUACAAAACUCGUGGGGCGGGUGGAACGGGUGUUAUUUUACACCCGAACCGUCAAAUAACAUAUUCAAUCCCUUACGACACGAACGUUAAUAUCGCGACUGUUGCGAAACCGGCGAGGAGAACAACACGCGCACGGCGAUAUUAGUAUAAGCACUGCUGCAGAUGACAUUGGAACGGAUACUCGUUUCCCGAAUCGGAAAACCGUAUUGCUAUCGUAGCUAGUCGAUAGUUUUCUUGUUUGAUCAUUGGUAAAAAACAAAAAAAAAAACACGAAAUUUUCACGUAAAAACGACCGAAACCGCGUUACGGUUUCGUAAACACUUCCGGGGGGAACUAUAGUUUCUAGAGGCGAAUCUGAUACGUUAAAUCUGCUGUUUCUUCCCGGUUGAUUUCGGAAACCGCCGAAAAUACAGGAAUAGCGAAUAUUAUCAUAUUCAUAGUCGCGUCGUAAUUCGGCAGUUUCGACACCGCCGCGCCGCGUAUACCCGUAUCGGUAAUAACAAUAACAAUAGAUGCGUUUACAAAAAAAUAUUUCGGAGGGGUGGAGGGUGAAGGUUGUACACACACUCUUACUUUUAUGACAGAGAAGUUUACAUACUUUCAACUGUAGGAUUAUUUAGUUUUCAAUCAAAAUGUCAACGUUUUUAUAACACUCAUUUAGCCUUUUAUAGGUAGGUACCCGUAUAAUACGUAAUUGUACAUUUAAUAUUUUUUUUAGCGAAUACAGCCUAAAUGAUAACGUAAUUCAUAUCAUUGUGAUGAUAACGCGGACUGUAUUCAAUAUCGCCGUAUCAGUUAUAUUGUUCGAAAAGCCAUAAAAUACCAUGAAAAAUUCGCAAUGACAAUAAUAACAAAGUUUAAUACGGGUACACCUACUAUUUAGUAACAAAAUUAAAAUAAAAUCAAAAUUGUAUUUGUCUUCCUCGUCGACAGAGACCGAUUUUGAGACUCUAUUAAAAAUCGACUUUCGUCAUAAUUUUCGUGGAAUUUCGUUGGGAUUGGGAGGGGGGUUUGAACCCCUAACUCCGCCCCCCUUGAACACGUGCCCGACAAUAACAAUAAUAAUAAUAAUACCUAUAUCAUUACGGGCGGCCGGCCGUAUCGAUGCUCCCCCUCGACGCGACAAUGAUUAACGACCGUCGGCCCUUUGCACUUUACACCCCCGCGCGAGAGUGCCCUUUGCCCGUUUAAAGGUCGACUCGCGGGAGAACGGAUCCGAAUUGAUUCGUCCGCCGGGGACCGUUAUUAUGUUAUUUUGUCGACGGCUACUGCACGCAGCAGUAUCGCUAAUGACCGGGGAAACGCGAAAUAGGGUCUUUUCCGGACUCUCCGUUCGGGAUCGCGUAACGCGUCCCUCGGCGUGGAAAUCAGCCGUCCUCGCGGGGAGAGACCCGCUCGACCUUAACGUCGUCCCGAAAAACGAUGUCAAAUACGGACGUGAGGAUCGGUGCGAACGGUUAGUCCGGCGCCUGUCGGCUUUUCAAAAAAAAAAAAAAAAAUCACUCGUCGUGUACCUACGUAUACACACAAUGUACACGUAUUAGUAUAGUGAUUGCGAUGAUAACCCGUAACAACAGUAAUCUUGUCGUUAUUUAUGGUAUCGCGUGAAGAGAAAAUGUGGACAAAAUAUAUGAUAUUUUCCGUGCGCCUUUUGCCCGGUCAUCGUCGUCGUCGUCCGGAUCUGUACAUUACGAUGCAAAUUAUUGUUUAAUACGAUUUGCGAGUGUGUAAAUAUGAAGGGAAAAAAAACCGGACCCGUGCGAACAAUUUGUAAUGGCAAUGCACACACACGCGCGCACGCGGUAAACGUGAUUCACAUUUCAAAUAAAAAGAACAUCGCGGCUAAACGCGCGCUACAGUAAAUAAUGUUUGGUCUCCCUCCACCGACCCGCCCCUUCCGCGGCCCUAUUUCCGAUCACCGCGAUCAACUGCACGGCGCCGCCUGAGCGUAUAAUAAUAAUGAAAAGGAUAAAACAAAAACAACGAUCGUUUUUUUUUUUUUUUUUGCGGUCAAAACAACCGCGGCCGUGCGGAUUUUAUUGUUACGGCGUUAUUUUUCCGGGAAUUCACCGCACGAAUCCGAGCGCUGUAAACGAAUGGGUGCGGAGAUUUGGUUUCCGGAGUGGCGGCAGGUGAUCGCAUAAUAAUAUACCAGGCCCGGAUCUUGUCGUCAUCGUCGUUGUCCGCGUACGAAAUGUCCGGAAAAAUUCGCGACUCGCAGGGCAUUGAGAGUUUCUGGCGGACUUGAUGGUUUAUCGACCGAAAACAGCGAUCGCUGUCCAAGAAGAACUGCAAUCGGUUUCUAUUAGGCGUGCGACGAGAAUGUGUACAAAUAACAUUAUACUACUUUUCAGCCAGAAAUAUUGGUCCGAUCAAAAACUUUUCACGGACUUUCGCGUAGCGUUUCUAAUCCGUGGUUAACGAUAUCAUGUUUUCGAUUUUCGUUGCGGUUGUCCUGACGGAUAGCGAAAAACCGACGGAUUCGUGCGUGGUCGAUCUCUGCGGAACGAUUGGGACGACACCGCGGAAAAAAUACUCCGGUCGCGGAGCCGUUUACCGUUCCCGGCGUUUUAUAUGAACUUGAUUAUUAUUACACCGUAACAAUAUAAAACGAUACGCUCACUUUCAACUCGCCUCCAAAAAACAGCGGCGCGCCCGUCAUCGCGACGGCACCGACCUUUUUUUUCCGUCUAUCCGAUCUCCGUUCCCGAAGCAAACACAUAUAAAAUAUAAUACAAUAAUAAUAUCAUCAUCGCGACGACGACGGCGACGGUGUCGGUACAUAUUAUUUAGGUACAUAUACGCAGCCGAAGCCUAACCUAUAACCUCGUAUACGGUCGGUACCCGUACAAUACCUCUCUACACGAUAUUAUGAACAAAAAAUGGGCCGCCGCCGCCGCGUUCCAUUCGAGGGCGAGGGAAACGCAAACACGGUAGGACGUGGAAAAAAAAUGCGUAUACCAGCGCGUGUGUCGGUCGCAGCGGCGGCGUUUUGAAAAAGCGUAAGUAUUUGUUUUCGGCCCCCGGUGGGGGGAGGCGGAGGGGGAGGUAGAGUCGCUCGCGUACGACUCGUACGACUACGAUAACGAGCGAUAUGAUCCGGCGAUGUCUGCGGCUCCGUAAUAUUGUAAUAGGUACGCCGGGUUCAUAAAAAUAUAUUGAUAUGUACUCGGAGACGAUUUUACGAUGACAACGAUUCAUAUGUUAUUGUAAUGCGCGUAUUAUUAUCGUACCCGUGCGCUCGGUUACUUUUCCCCUAUUUUUUUACGAUCCCGUCUUCGUCGCGAUGCGGUUUUUUUUUCAAUUUUUUUUUUUUUUUCUUUCCCCCUCCCCCCCUCCCCCGUAACCGGAAAGCAAUAUAAUGUUAUACAGUCGAACGAUAUCCCCGCCAUUAUUAUUAUCGUCGUCGUCGUCGCCGGCGACUAGAGAAACGCGCGGACCGCUGCGGACAAUCGCGUACGUACGCCGGUAAGUCGACAUCGCCGGCCGGCGUUACCACCGGUACCGGGUACGACCGCGAUCGCGUCCGCGUCAUUGUCGGUGUACCGUACGCAGACAGUGAACGCACGCUUGAAAACACGGCUGUGUCGUAUCUCCGUCGUUUCUCAGUCUCGGACCCGGGCGACGUCCGUCGUCCGGCCGGAUCCUGCAGAUAUUUCAACGGUUUUUAUUGUUUUUUUAAAUCCGUCCGAAUAACGAGCGCGACAAUAUUCGUGUCGUACACGUCGGUUUCGUGCCCGGAGGACGAUCGCGACGUGAAAAUAAUAAAAAAAAACAAACCAAAAUUAUCGCUCCGUAUGCUCUCGGGGAGAGGACGCGGUCGCCGUAGCCGCGGCGUAUGUAACGAGGAAGCGCGCGCCACGCGUGCCACGACCGGCAGCCUCGCGGCCGGUCACGACCGGUGCCGUACCUGACCCGAUAACGUAUGGCGCGUCUCCGGCUACGGCGUAAACCCCCCGAAAACUAAAACAAUCGUUGUAAUAACCGGCGUCUCGUAAUAACAAUAACGCGUCCGACGCAAACGCGAGUAUUGCGAAUUCGUGUUUCGUUCGUUUCUGUCCGCGCGCGCUGUUCUCGACGCCGCGGCCUCGGCCUCGAAUCGCCCGCGUCCCGUCCGUCGGGUCGGUCGGGAUUUUACAGGGGUUUACACUCGCGUUUGUACGCACGCGUGUACCGCGGUCGCGAUACAUCGGUACGUGUCGCGACCGCGUUACUGUUGCGCGUCCGACGCGGCGGCGCGCGCAUCCCCGUGACUGUACGUUAUACUACACGCGGUGCACCUCCGUCCGGUCCGCGUACUACGUACAUAGCGUUGUUGUUGUUGUUGUUGUUGUUGUUGUUGUUGUGUUCCAUUUUCCGACCGCGUAAGCGUAUAUAAUUAUUCCGUUCGUCCGUCUCGUCCGCGACCGCUGCGGGAUGCUUAGCCGGCGCGCGCGAACGCGACGUGUACGCGCACCACCGACCCUCGCGCGAAAACCGUACACACGCGCCGCGGACGGAAACGGCCGGCCGAAUAACCGGUUGCUCUCCGGAGCCAUAAGUGGCCGCGACCGGUCCGCGCCGGAGCGCCGUUACCGUUCGAUCGUCGACAAACGUUAUCGUUAUUAUUAUUAUUGUUUUUUUUUUUUUUUUUUUCAUUUCGUUUCGUUUGUACGGAAGCUGCGUGUAGGACGGGCGUUCGUUUCGCGAUAAACCGUCGGCCGCACGGAGUAUUCCGGAAUCUGCGGCCUCCGCGGGACCGCCGGCCGCGACCGCGCUACGUCACUGCGUUAUCGCGCGCACGGUAAAACUUCCGUUCGGUCACGUCUUUACGAGACGCAUCUCGUUCAAGACUGCCGUCGCGAAUACGCGGCUAUUUCGGCCGGUGGACUUUCGCGCGUGCAACAAACACGAGAUGAAAAUUCCAAAUUCGUCGAACGGCUGGAACGACCCCGCGGGACGAGUAGCGAAAUUUCGCGUGGAAUUCUCGCGACACCCGUACGGGCGGCGAUCGGAAAACGUUUCGCUCCCCCCACCCCUUCCCAACCCGGCCGACUGGCUCGUAUUCCGUUUCUUUUCGUGCGUCGGAGAUGCGGCCACGCUGCUGCCGCCGGUGGCCGUGCGAUCCAUUUACACGCAGAAAAAGAAACGAAACGAAACCUGAAAAAAAAAAACAAAACAAAACAAAAACGAAUAACCGCGCGACGCGAAAAAUACCAGCGGUGGGUACGGCCCGGCGGCGGCCGCGCGUGUCCCGCCGCGCGAGACGGACCGUCGUCGUCCCGGCGGCGGCGGCGGCGCGGGCGACCUUGACGCGAUCCGAAAAAUAUCGUCCGUUCCGGAUUCCCGGAUACGCGACGAAAAUAAAUAACGCGAACGACACGACGGUCGACACGAAUAUCGCCGCUACAUUGUUAUCGUUUAUUAUAUCGUUAAAAAGCAUAUCGCGCACUUCGGCGUUAUUCGAUCGCCGCCGACGAUAUUAUCCGGUGUCAGUGGGUCAGCCGACGCGCACGGACAGGGAAUACGACGACGACGGGAACGAAACGCCCGCUCGACGGUACGCCCGUAGUCCGGGCGCGGGUGACGUACGCGCGCGGACCCGACGCGAGACCGCGUGCGGGAGAGCCGACGGUCGUUGCGGUGCAGCCCCGUUAAAAAUGUCUCUCCCUCUCUCUUUCUCGCUCACGGCUCGCCGCGAACGUGAUCCGAAUGUUACCGGGUCCGGCCGGCGGCGGCGCGUCGUGUGAAAUUUGUUUUUAGAAAAAAAAAAAAAAAAAAAAAAAACAGAACAAUAAUAUUUUAAUAUCUCGAGACUUUUUUGCGCGGCAAUGCGGCCCCGGGCGAGUCCGAGAGCGGAACAUCGUCGGACCGCCUUCGAAGGUCCGGGGACGAAACGUCCCGUUUAUAUAUAAAAAAAAAACAAUUUGGACGACGAAAUUCCGUAUGGGAUACGGAAUAACGUUCGUCGUUUUUUUCGAACAAGCGACCGGUCAAAAAAAAAAAAAUAAAAGUAAAUACCUAAAACAGAGUAUAGAUAUUGUACGUACGUUCCUAUACGUGUAGAAAAAUAUACGGAAAUCGAUUUUGUUUUACGGACUUUUCGACCUAGAGUCCCGCGCGUCCCGGAUACGAACGAGUUUUUUCACGAAAACUAGAGGGCUCGGAAGUGGAUUUUCGGCCGUUUUAUACGGCGGUUUAUACCGGGUACGCGUCGAUAAUAUAAUUUCGCGUGAAAUAUCCAACCGCUCGUUUAUUGUAAUAAUAUUACGGUAUCGUUUUUUUUUUUUUUUUUUUUUUUUUUGUUUUUUAUUAGAUACUCGAGACUUAUUAUGCGUGUUAAAAGAGAUGUCCGUCGAAACGAGUUAGAAGUUAAAAAGGCCGUGAAUCACAAGCGUAGGGCAAGGGGUUCCAAUGCGCUUUUCACUGUUUGCCAAUCCUCUGCGACGACCGUACUCGUUUCGCGUUCUUUUUCGCGUGUCCGGGAGCCAUUAUUAAGGCCUCGCGGGCGGUUUUGAUCGUCUCGCCCAACAGCUGGUUUCGAUUCGAGCUUUUUAUAUCUUAUAAAAACCGACCGUAUAAAAAAAAAUAAAAACAAAUCGAAUAAACGAAAAUGACGUGUCGUUCGCGUUAACGAAACGUCUGCAGAAAUUGUUGCAGUCGAAUCGAUUCCGCUUACGACAACGAUUACGCCCGAAAAAACAUCCAAAAUAGAUCUCGUACGGCUACGAUUUCCGAUGGUUUUCGCUUAAAUUUGACGCGAGCUUGUACACGCGUACACCGAACCGAGACGGUAGAAUACCGAACCGACCGAAUGGUAAAUUGAUUAGUUUUCUCUUCGGACGGGAAUACACCGCCGGCUCUGCCGGUUGUGUCUUCGGUGGGCGUGCGAAUAAAAGGCGUGCUACGACAAACGAGCCCGACCGGAAUAAUAUUUACAUAACGUAUCUGUAUAAUAUAGUCUACAAUCGGAGAUAACGAGAGGACAGAGAUCAAUAACAAUAACGAUAUUGACGUUCGGCCGACGGUAUUGUUAUACGCGUGCGAACGGCCUCGUCGGUACGAUACCAGCUAUGCACUCGAUCACUGGGUUAUUAUUCUAAUUUUUUUUUUUUUUCUUUUCUCAAACCGACUCGAGGGUCCGAUCCCGUUCCCCGGCGUAACGGUUUCGAAUAUCCCGAACGUCGUGAGCACAUCAUAAAGUACGGUUGGCGUACGUUUAGGUACACGCGUCAUGUUAUAAUGUUGUUUUGUGUACCGAAACCCGUCAAUCAAAACUCGUACUAUCGGUCAACGCCGCAACUCAGUUAUGAUAUUUCGAUAGUAACAAUUAUUCUGUUAUCGCCGUGUGAUUUUUGUGUGUUCCCCUCUCCCUCCCGAUCGGAGUCCCCCACACGUCUGUCCGUCGCUAUCCGCCGCCGGUGUCUGCAGUACAAGUGUACGCAGGCACCUACCUAAAUUACGUAUGUGUUGUCGGUUCCAGCGUACAAAAGUGUAUUGUAAUAUUAUUCGAAAAUCACGUUUGUCUACGACCGCGGUGGCGGAGAACCCGGCAGACGUGAACGAUAAUGUUUACAUCGCUGUUCGAUUCGCUUUUUUUUCACUCGCCAAAUUACGCACGCCGUGUAUCACUAUACUGAAAAAAUAGUUACACUGCGGGUAAAAUGUCCCGUACGUAUAUCACGCAGACCGUAAAAAAAAAAAAAAAAAAUUUAAAAAACUGGUCUAAUAUUUGAAAUUCAGCCAAAAAACGUAUUGUCAGACGGCAACCGGUUUACCUGAAAAUUGUCGAAACGUAUGAUUUCUUUCGGUGGCUAAAUAGUAUCGUACUAUACGCCAACGUGACGAUAUUAUUUUACCAUCACGUCUCUGCGAAAUAUCUACGAUAAUAAUUUAUUAGUUAGUUAAGUAUUACAGAUUCUUAUUGAAUCGCAGUUUUAACUAGUGGUGUACGAUGUUCAGUACAAAAUUAGUCAGCAAAUAGCCGUAGCGAAAAAAACUUACUCUACAAAGACAAGAAAAAAAAAAUCUUUGCCGAAUGACAUGUGUAGAGCGUACUGUUAUAAUACGGUAUAGGCGAUGGAAAUGUGAAUUUGGAGAAGAACAACGAAGAUUAGUUGGACAGAUAUCGAAAGCCCACUUGUAUUGCAACAAGUAUUGAAUCGAGUGAGCGAAAAAAGGGAUUUUGCUCGGCGCCGUACAAAAAGGAGCAGAUAUUUUUUUGGACACCUGUCGAGGUAAAAUUCGUCCCGCGGGCCUUUGUCGGUGUGAAAAGAAGACUGAAAAUACGUUUUGUUUCGAAAUGACUCGGCGAAAAUUGAAUUCCACCGUGUUAAUAAACGGUACUGGAUCGAGCUGCGCGCAUUGGCAACCUACGUACAACUCGAUACUAUUAUUCGAUUCUAAAUAACAACGAUUUAUCCGACUACAUAAUUAUCCAAUAAACGCAGCAGUAUAAUAUUUCGGCAGUACUGUAUAAUAAUAAUAAUAAUAACGUACGCAUUAUACGCGUUUUUCGAAUGAACGAAUAGCGAAUGCACGAAUAAAACCGAACAGACUGCAGGCAUGAUCGUUCGAUUAGAAACGAUUGCCCGUACUCGGAAGAAAGACUAUUUAUCAUCGGAUUAUAUUAUUUCGAAUGACCGGUUGAAAACUGCAACAACUCGAAAACGGACUUUUUUUUCGCGAUAAUGGUUCGGAAAUUCGACGAAUACGAAACGCGAAAUAGAUUAUAGUUGUCUUCUUCACUGUUGGCUUUUACGGGCCGUUUAGGUCCGAUCCGUUGAUUCCUGUUGGUCCGGCCAAUGUUUUUUUUUUCUCGCAGCCGACACUAGCGCUGUAAUAAAAAGGGCUGGCGGCGAGGCGACAGGAACGGCCGAACGGCGGGUUUGGUAAAACCGACGACGGCGUUUGAUCGGCGCGCGCGUAUACGUGUCCGAAAUAAUGUCGUUGUUUGUCCUUACGGCCUGCGGCGGGCCAGCUAUAUGGCGUUACACUAAUAUAAUGUUUUCACGUUACGCCUCCGGACGACAUUUAAUUCGGUAGGACGGCCUAUGCGAUAUUCAAUUUGCGUACACACGCGCGCGCGCGCACAAGCACAAUAAAAUAACAUGCGUAAUAACAACGAUAUUAACGAAAACCCGGGCCACAAUAUCGGUACGUCGUUAUGACUAGACGGGUACGGGGGCACCUAUAAUAAUACGGUAUCGCCGAAAGCGGACUGUGAAAACUGGUUUUCGAGCACGUCUGGCGUACGCGUAUGACUGCGGGUGGCUAUGUAAUGUUAAAUUGUAAUACCGCGCAUGAGAAAAUAUCGUUCGAAAUGUCCAAUACUGCGCCUCGUAUCGACCGAAUCAGCAGUCACAAACCGGGGUCGCCCCGCGACGACACGGACCCGGUGUAGAGGCGACACGAAAUCGUCGAAGAAUAGCAAAAAAAAAAAAAAAAAUGAGAGAAUCCUAAACCGUUUCGAACCAAACGGUAUUAUUGCCGUUACCGUCGCGCGAUCGCGAAUUUUUUUUUUAUCUUUUCAAUGAGACCGUCAAAGUCUCUCCGAAAUCUAUACAGUUCAAAUAUUGUUUGACGCCUAGUAUUUCAACGCGUCACGCGCCCGCGUGUUCCUUAAUCCGUCUGUAAUGGCAUCGUCGAUGGCACCGUGUAAUAUUUAAGGAACGUGGGUUUUUAAGCGGUGUCGUCGUGUGUAACCUAAAUCCAUAAUAAUACUGAUUAAACAUCACGACCGUUUUAUCGGCUAUCGCCGUAAAAAAAAAAAAAAAAAAAAAAAAAAAAAAAUAUAAAUAAAUAAAUAAAAAACGAGAUAAGCGCGUCUAGUCCACCGCGUCUCGUCGACCGUCUGGGAAACACGGCGCGAGUGAUAAAAUCAGAGAUUUAAAAUGGAACGGCGCCGACGGCAUCGCAGACGGAUACCGAGGAGCGCGUAGUCGUAUUUCGACGGCGGGGCGACGCGGACUGCGCGAGGGCGGGGAAUCGCGGGGAAUCGAAACAAAUGUCGGAAACCGCCGCGACUACCGCAACGGCGCGGGACUGCCGCGCGUGUCGCCGUCGAAUUGUUUUCGCCGAACGUCCGACGCCGAGCGCGCGCGUGCGUUUCUACGGUUUCGGCCGAAAAUAACAAUUCCGUACGAACAAUAAACGCGUCCGCGCACCGCGGGCGUUUGCGCGCGGCGACGAUUUCUAAUCGUUUCACGUGGUCUGCCGCGGUUUCGCAACAGCCCGCGACAACAACAAAAACAACGGCGAUCGAGUUGAAAUUCUCCCCGUCGGCUCUUGCCCGUACGCACGUGCGUGCGCGUACGAGAAGACGCGCUCGAAAACGAAAACGGCGCGAUAUCGCGUCGUUACGGCGCUUCGAAUUGCGCGGAAUCGCCGCAAAGUCGCGCGGAGUCUCGCCGCUAUACGGUACACGGCGCGAGAACGCCGUUUGAAAACCGAUAAAUUAGCGUAGUGAAUAAGAAAAAAAAAUAUCAAACCAACGCGCGCGCGUAUACUUGUAAAGAGUGUCGGCAACGCGUUUGACCCAAGGGAGUUCUAGGGGUUAGAAUCCGCGCAAUGACCGCAAACACAAUGUGCGGAUGUGCAGGAGAGACGGUAAUAUACGGGGGGGGCCGUGUGAGAGAGAGAGAGAGAGAGAGAGAGCGAGCGAGAAAAAAAACCAACCGAGUACGAACGAUAAUGGCCGUGUGUGAUAUAAUUUUAAUGAAGACGACAGAGCCCGCAAUUAUUUGUUAUUAUUUGGGCCAUUGUUGUGUUAGUGUGCGCGUGUGCGCGUGUUUCUCUUUCUUGUGCACUUGUACACACGCGCGCGCGCCCGCGAAACGUCUACAAACGCCGACCGAAAACCCGGGGGUCCCGAGGGGGCCCGCUCGCCCGCUCCGCCCGCCCGCCCGUCCGUCCGUCUCUCUCGCGCGUCUCCGCGUUUUCGCGCGCGCGUACACAAGGUCAGUGACCACCUUGGCCGUCAUCGCGCGUCGGUUCGCCGGGCGGCGAACAAUAAUAUACGUACAUAUACACGUGCACGCGCAAGGGGUGGGAGGCAGACAGGGGAGGGGACGGCGAUAAUAAUACGUAAAUAACAACCGCGGCAUAAUUAUUGUAAUAACGCCGCGAAACGAUUUCCCGAGCUCGCCCGGCGCAGCGUUGUCCGUUGCUCCGCCGUACCGCCGUUCGGGGGUUUUCCCGGGGCGCGCGCGCGCGGUUUCCGAAACGAUACGAAAAACCGGAGCGGCGGGCGCCACCCGGCGCCGGUAACGCGGCGUUCGGCCCCCGGAACCGGAUCGCCGGUGCGCGAGGCCGACGCCGGUGCCGGGGCUCCGGGAAAACCUAACGCCCCGCGCGGUCGUGCCGCGUCCGCCCGGCGAAACAAGCGGGCGAACCAAACUGAAAACCGCAUACGUUUGUCACAGACGAACGGGCGCCUUUGCGCUUGCGCUGUCGCCUGCUCGGCGCGACGGUAUUGCUUACGCGCGAAUUCCGUAAAUUCGAAAUCAUAACCGCGGGCCAGAAACGGACGCGCAGACGCGUUUCGCGAUUUCCGUCCGCUGCGUUUGCCCAAAGUCCCGGGUACGCCGCUGUCGUAACGCCCGGAAAAUAAUUAUCGAUUCAUAUAACCGUGUAUCGGCUUCGUUGACAUUUUUUUUUUUUUUUUUUUAAUUUUCACGACCGACGCCGUCGUACUGUUAUUAUAUUCUUUUCCCCCCUACCCGUACCGCAGUGUUACCACGUUGUUAUUUGUUUAUUUUUCUACCGCGCGGUUCGCUACAGUACAUUCAAUCUCGAACGCCACAAUAGCCAUUGUGGAUUUUCAAUGAAAUAAUAUAGCGGUAUAAAGCAUUCCUAAUAAUAUUAUACUCAUAGCAAUAACAUAAUGUAUCUUAAUUCCACGAUGUACCGGUAUUUAUUUUUAGAAUAUCUCGUUGUAUAGCCCGCAAAAGCAAAAUAUUUAUCGCGUCCGGUUGACCGGCCGUAGCUGUAAACCGAAACGUUUCCCGAGGCCGCCGCUGUGGCGUUUCUAACCGGCGACAUGAUAACUCGAUAACGCGUUCGCGUGAAACGAACGGGCAAAACGCCUUUGAAAAUCGGUUUUAGAAACGAAACGCCCGUUGUCCGACGUCUGGUUGACACCAUUUCGAAGACAGCCACGUGGACCGUCUUCGUUUUUGUGAAACGUGAAUUACGCGCAUCGCCUGAAAAAGUUACAGUUAUAUAAAACAAAAUGUAAAAACGAUUUUUCGUAGCGCCAUAACGCGUUGUACAUUUAGAGCGGCAGUUCUUGAACGGUGCCUUUAGAAAAUAAUUGAUGUUUCGCGGAACCACAACUCUGACAACUCAACCACAAAUUUUCAAAUACGAAAUUGAAACACACAUAACUUCGUAAGAAAAGUUGUAAAACGUGUGUGGAACAGCCAAUAUCGUCGAACGACAAUGAGAUUGUCUUAGAUAUUUUGUCAUCUACAAAUGUUUUAUUCUUAUUAUUAUAUAUUAUAUUUUUUAACCGGUUUUAAAGACAUUUUCGUUAAUUUUACGUGAACACGUUUUGGCUAAAUCGCUCGAGAAAGACAAAGACCAACAAACGCCACUGUAACGGCCGUAUAGUACCCAAAUCAAAUUCUCAAUAUUUUCAAAAGUCAAACGAAUUUCUCACGAUAACUUUUUGUAUAAUAUUUACCAACUUUGAUUCGUAAUAUAAUUACGAUUUUAAAAAUACUUUUAUAGAAAUACAACUUUUAUUUUCUUCUACAUCCGGCCAUUGUAUCGGAGUUAACCGCAAGGUAAAAUUAUACAAUUUAAUAUUAUUAUUAAAUUAGAAAUUUUGCCUUUAAAAAUUCGACUCAUGCUGCGACUUAGCAACGACUCAUUUUGCAGUUCUAGUUUUGUGUGCCAUCGUUCACGAACCAACUGCGAAUAGAAUAGUAUUAUAUUAAUGAUGCAGUAUGCGUUCGCAAUUUUUUUUUUUUUCGAAACAGAAACAAAAUGUUAAAAAAAAACGUUUAGUUCGUGAGAAUGCUCGUAGUGUACGUUAUUUUUUAUAUUUAUAUAUAUUUUCAUCAUCUACGGUUUAUCUGUCGCAAUUUUUAAAAUUUUUUUUUUCUAUUCGCUCGCGCGCACUAACUUGCCGUCAUCUUUGCGCAGAGCAUGUCACUCGAACUGAUACGGUAAUUGCCACUGGCAUGACGUCCGCCACCGCGAUAAAUAGAUGAAAACACAACAGUGGGAGAUGAAAAGAGACGGAAUAGAGCUGACGAUGUGCUUAAUAUGUAUACGGUUAACCACACGCAAACCUAACCCAUCAUUACCAUAAAAAAAAAAAAAAACCAUAUGAUUAUAUUUCGUGCGUUAUUCGCCGAGGCGAAACCGUUUAUCCGGAAGAAUAGAAUUGAAGAAAAAAAAAAAUCAUCAGUAAUACUAUUGUUUAUAAUAUCCCAAACGUGGUCACUUAUUCCAAUUACACGACGAAUUACACACGAUGAUUAUGUUAUAAUAAUAUUAUGUUUACUACGACGUACGACUAUGACGUUAGAUUUAUAUGAAAAAAAAAUCACGAAACCGUCAAUAUCUUCUUUUUUCUGUUUGCUAAAUUGGCCAAAAAAAUACGAUUUUUGUGAACCAUCAUAAAACCGUGAUGUUAUAAAACUAAUAUUUAUUUAUUUUUAGUUUGUAAAAUAAUAUUCUCACUGUAUAUUAUGCGGAAGAAAAAACAUGUGAAAUAUGUUUGUUGGGUGCCUCGUGGCGUACUGCAACGUCGAAAAUCGUUAGUUUGCACAAUUCUGCACAACUACCCGGUCGAAGCUAUACGUAGCGCUUUUUGUGUAAUAUUUAUAUAAAUCAUCGCGACGGUUUUUUUUUUUUUUCAGUUUCAUAUCGUCGUAAAACCGCGCAGGAGAAUCUAUACACGUAGUAUAUCUAAUAUUUUCGUAUUUUUGUAAUUUUUUUCUGGAAAAUUGAUCGUAACUAAUCGUUAAACUACUGUACUAUCAUCUCAUAGGGACCGACAGACGGCGAUGAUGAGGUCGAAGGCCUCUCUUGCAAAGACAGUGAAAAUCGUAGGAGAUUUUUUUUUUAUUAUAUUUUUUUUUUUUAGUAGUAGUUAUGACGCACCUGUUACCGAAGUAUAGUGCCAUUGACUUUAUAUUAUAUUUCUGCUACCGAAAACCUUGAAUUAUUGGCCACCGGCCUUUGGCCAAAAUCGAAUUCACGCGCAGUCCAAUAUACGUCGUAAUCUCGCCGUCAAUAAUGUACUUAACUGUGGGUACGCAUCGACGACGAGUGGAUUUUUAAACGACCGUACUGCUGCCGCUGGUCUGGUGAACAUUUAUUUGUGUUUUUUUUUUUCGUAUCGUGUACGCUGCAGCGAACUUCGAACGAGCCGCUGUCGUCACCGCAGCAGUCAACAGCCGAACCGCGUUUCGCGAAACGCGGUAAAAUUCCAGUUGGCUCCGCGCGCCGUCUCCGCGCCGCACAACACCGUCGCGUUACAAUAAAACAUCUAGGCGUGCACGGCGUGAAAUACUACAGCGGCUAUCGACACGCGCGCAUUUGUUUUUAGGCUAAUAUCGAAAAAUCCGGUCGUUCGCGUUAUUAGUAAAAUACGCGCGCGCCGCCAAUGGGUCAAGGCGGCGCGAGACGUGAAUUCGUAAACGGCUGAAAAAUCGGGACGCAUCCGCGCGGCCCGGUGUCGCGCACUCGGCGCUGGUUAUUUGGUUUCGUGUUUUACCCGGCAACGACGUAUACACACGGCGUCACAUACGCGUACACGUCAGACAAUAACAAUAAAAUCGCGUGUACCGUAUAGGUACGUAUGCAUUAUAAUAAUACGAAUACAGAUUUCGAAAUGUUCACUCGAUUUAUUUUCUUUACGGCUCACGCGUGGAUGUUGUGGCUGUGCCUAUAAUAUCCACCUGUACGUCGCGCGCAAUACUAUAAUAUUAUUAUUAUCUGCUCGCGCGCGCCCGGUGUGAUGUCGCAUUACCCGCGUUCGAUGGAUUUCGUCGCGAGAUUUAGGCGACUUUAACGAACGAUCACCGCGCGAGUCGCGAAUAGAAUAAUAUUAUUAUUAUUAUUAUUAUUAUUAUUGUUGUUGUUGUUAUUAUUAUUAUUAUUAUUAUUGUACCGGCACCAGCGACUAUAAUAUAGCCGUCCCGUCGGGACACUGCUAUUAUGUUAUGAUACACGAGUGUAUAAUAUACUCGAACAAGAAAAUUCGGAAAUCUAAUCGGAUAUUCAAAAAAGAAAAAAAAAAAAAACUAUACGAGCCGCCUAUUGAAACCGCGAAACAAUAGCGUUUUUCGCACAAACUUGUCGGAUCGGGUCAUCAUUCGACUAUACGCGCGUUUUUAUUGUACGCGCGCAGCCUAAUAAUAUUGUACUCGUGUGACACGUAAAUUGCCAUUCAACGUUUCGCAUUAUUAUAAUUAUAUCUCGACUAAUGAGGUUUGUACAGUAUAACAUAAUAUGGACACGCAUUAUGUAUCAUUAUGUUAUUCUGUAACUUGCGGGGAGAAAAUAAUAAUAAUAAUAACAGUAAUAAAAACCGUCGUAAUCGGUAUUAACGCGGUUAUCUAUCUGUUAUCGCGAGCCUCGUACAGUGAUUACUGAACUGCAUAUUCGCGGUACACGUAUGAAACAAUAACUGCGUGUUACGCGUUUACUAUAAAUCGGACGAACUGCGUCGAUUGACCCGUGAAACGAUUUCGUUUACGCGCAACGCGCAUUACGACGGGAUUACGUUUUACCGAAACGAUUUCCGCGGUUAGGUUCGUAUAUUUUUCGUAUUAGAUUUGUCGCGCGUGCGUAUAGCCGCGCGCGCAACGCGCACCCGUCCGGCGUACCGUUAAGAUUAAAUGUAUUUAUCCUGAGCUUUAUACUCGUAUGUAUAUUGCAUACCUAUAUUGUGCUAACCCGUGAAAAUCGUGAUUGGACAAUUUUCCACAAGUAACCAAUUAGCAACCGCACUGUCCGUGAGAUUUACUCAUCACUCCGUUCGAGGAUUGUCAUAAUGUUACGACCGUCAGGACGAGUUAUAGGCUCGCUUGAGGGGCAACGGUCCGUGUAUAGCACGCCCUGCAAACAAAUCUCUCGCUCGCAUACACGCACACGUAAUUUAUCGAUAAUAUUUGAUGAGUUAAUCACUACCUAAGGUUUAUUCAUACACAGAAGUCAUAGCCAUCUGUCCGUUUAGUUACUGUUGGGUAAAUUCAGUUUUGGUUGUAUAGGUUAAGAAAAACCGAAAAAUAAAUUCACUCUGAACGCUCGUACACAUAAUACGGAUGAACAAUUACCGGUUCGGGAUAAAAUAAUCACUCUGUAUACAAUAAUUGUUAUUGGAUAUACUUUGCGGGAUUUUCGUGUGUGCAAACGGUAAUUUGUAUUCGUUUAUUUUAUCGAAUCGACGAGAGUCGGUCAAACCGUCGUGUCAUGUCACGCGUAUUUGUACAACGAUUGACAUACUAAAAAAAAAAAAAAAUAUUCGCGGACAUUACCUACCAUUAGCUUUAUAACAUUAUUAUAAUAAUACAAACAAUGACUGCGUUUUUCAUUAUUAUUUUUUUUUUUUUUUUUCUAACAAAAUUUGAAUUAUUAAACUGAUGAGAUUAACCGUAUAGCCGUAUGAAGUACCUAUAUAUAUAUAUACCUAUAGCGUUCUUAUGAAACAAUUUUUUUUUUUUUUUGCGAAACACGAUAAUGUGCGCCGCCGUGUGGCCUUAAUGUCUCCGUCAACACUGCAGCGGACUGCAGCCCGCCGCAGUAGUAUUGUGUGUGCCGUCGUUUAGCGAAUCGCGAAACGUAUAAAUAUUUGUAGUAAUGACUGUACGCCACGGAUAAGUGCGCAUCGGUCCUACGUCGUGCCGGCAAUAAUAUAAUGACAAUAAUGGUGAAAUUUUUUUUUUCCCGGACGAAAACACCAUCGUCGCGUAUUGUAUGUGCACCUAUAUUAUAUUAUAACCGCGCGCCAUUGAACGGGACGGAAAAAAAAAAAAAACCCCGACUGAGCCGCAGAGAAUAUAUCCGCGCCGCGGGCAUGAAAAUCACUAUAAAUCCGAUUCGUCGGACAACGACACGGUGACAUUUGUCUGAAAGGCGGCCAAAAAUUCCUGCACACAGCCCAAUAUUCGUGUGUUGUCGCGACACAUUUCAUAUAUUAUCGUCCGCGGUGAGUGUGCGCGCGCGCGCGUGUGUGUGUGUGUUCAUCAUAAUUUUUACGACUCGAGCCAAAACCAUCAGCGACGUACACAUUGUGCUAUUUGAUAGAUCGAUUGAUUUUUUUUUUUUUUUUUUGCUAUUGAUUUUAAACGAUCUGUACUUCCCCCCCCCCUUUGUCUAUGAAUAAUUUUGUUUCUCCGACCUGCACAUUUUCACCGUAUAUUUGCAGGUAUAUUAGCGUUAGCGUUAUUAUUAUUUUUUAUGAUAAAAUAUUUCGGCCAUUUCGAGUUGUUCAUACAACUAUAUAUAAUAUUAUUGCAAUUUUCCGAGGUUUUUUUUUUAUGAUUUUUGUGAAUGAUUCAUAGAAAAUUCUAUACAUAUCUUCAUUAUAAAAAUUGCACAUAGUCGUUGUUCUUAUUGGGUUGAACCCUUAAAUUGUAACGAAACUCAUACAAAUCACGAAAAAUGUAGUUUGCGAAUUGAUAGUAACGAUUCUCGAAUCGAUUUUAUCGAAUAUAAAUGUCCGAAACGCAAUGAUUCAAAUGAUAACUGAGCACACUCACGAUUAGUGAUGACGUCGUCGAAUUCGCCCGAGGACUUAAAUAUUGAAAACAGAAUAUUUUUUUUUUGUUUCACGCGGUCCUUUCAAUUGAAUACUACACACGUCACACUACGCACAUACACACACACACACACACACACAUACAUACAUAGAUGUAUCCGAAUGAAAUUCAAAGACAUUCAUUAACAUAAUAAAUUAUUAUGUAUAUAUAUAUAUGUAUAAAUUAUUAUAAUAUAGUAAUUGGUUACCUAUCGACAAUGUGUGGCUACAAAAAAAGUCUUUAUGACGAGUGUUUUAUUAAUUUAACACCGCGAGAAAAAAAAAACGAAAUCUUUUGCCAAUAUAUUCGUUAUAGAAAAGAAAUCUGAAAAACGAAUCGUAUACAAUGGUUAUUAUAUGUAUUUAUAAUAAGUUACAAUAGUAAACUAUUUACUGGAUGUACGCCAAGAAAGUUGAUUGUUUCAAUCAACGCGAACCGAUCGCUAGAUCUCGUCGGUCUAAGUCGAUUUUGUACAGUUUUCAAUACAAACAUAUUUCAUUUUUAAAAUACAUUUAUACAUUUGCGAAUACAUUUAUGCAAUUUAUACUGACAACUAAAAGGGAAAAAAUUGUAUUGGACAAAAUUGCAAACAGUUCAAAAAAAAAAUCCGACAAUUUUACUUUAGCUCUUCUUCCCUGCAGGGAGGUCCAACGAACUAACUGCAGCAAGUUCGCUCUAAUAAUCACGAAUAUAAACUGGUCGUUUAGUUUCGACAAAUAUACAUGUUUUUGCCAUUUUUACCAAGACUAUUUGAUUUGUGUUCUUUAGUUUAAUCAUUUUUAUUUUAAACGAUCAUUGGAUCGAUUUUUCAACUCAAAUCCAUAACUCUCCUAAUACUGAGAUACACAUUUUCGAAAGUCCAAUAUAGCGAUUUUGAUUUUCGAAACUUAAAGCACCUGAAACCUAAAUACGGAUUCGUUUAACAUUAUCAUUAUUUUUUCAAAUAUUUUAAUUUAUUACCAUAUAUAAUGUCAACAUCGUGUCAGGUAUCUGCAAUAAAAAUUUAAAUGUUUCUUAGAAAAAUUGCGUAUACAUUCCGUACGUGGUUUUUUUGCUAGGUAUUAAAAUGUAUUUUUACGACUAGAUAACAUUUGCGUUUUACGAGUAGCUUUUUUAAACGUAACAACGAUAUUUAGUGGCAAGAUCUCCCAUCAUUUAGUAGAAUAUUACUUUGACUAUGUCGUAUAUUAUUCGAUUCUAAAUUAUUAAUAACGUACGCGACAAAGAUCGCGAUCGCGAUUUGAAUGUCGCAGUGUUUUACAGGUUGCGCGAAAUUCGAUAAUAAUUAUUAUUACAGUAGGUUUAAAUAUUUUCAAAAAAAAAAAACUACGACAGCAAUUGUCAAUUAUUGUCAAUUUCAAUUUAAUAGUAUUUUUUCGAUAAUAUCCCUACGUUAUCCGCAGGUAUAAGGUAUAAUAAUGGUACACAGGUAUAUACGAUAUAAUUGUGUUUUCCGGCGCGUGUUGUACAGGGCUGCAACCGAUAAUUACGACGAUGAGCGAUGAAUAAAAUCGGAUUGAAAUAAAAUUGUCUCGUUUUCGAUUAUUUCUAAUCCGUAUAGUGCGUGUAUGGACGUCCGUGCCCAAAUAUUAUUCGAUCGCAUUACAAUGUUACACUCGGGCUUCCGCGAUGCGCGCCAUUCAUAUUAUUAUACAGCCCGCAACCGCGGCCACGCGACAACGCAAGGGCCGGGCAACGGAUUCAGUGUGCGCAAAUGACGAUAACAUUAUUAUGUUACUCAUCUAUAAUGCAUGCUUGCAUUAUAAACGUACGGCGUACAUAGUGACGUUUUGAAGGGCGAUAACAUAAUAAUAAUAACACGCGUGUAAAUAAUUUGUAAAACGCGAAUUUGCCGCGAUUUACAUCGGUUGACCCGGUGUCCUUAACCUCUGCGGCGGUCCGCGCCGCGGUAGAAUCCCAUUCCGACGCCGGCUAAUAUCAUAUUAGCGGUGUUUAAUAAUAUAGUCGAAACGUGAUAUUUUUUUUUUUUUUACGAUCGGGAACGCGCACAAAAAAAAAAAACCGUGCUUAUAAUAAGUAAAUUAAAAAAAAAAAAAAAACCAAAAAACAAUUCGGACCGAAGAUGAGAACGAAAGAAAAAAAAAUGUCGACCCGAAGGUCUUCCGGUUACGACUCGCAUAUUAUCGAAAGAUAUUUUAAAAAUAAUAUUACGUAUAAAAAAAAAAAAAAACGCGAUUGGCAACGUAAACAUAUUAAUAAGACGCGUGAUUUCAGUCUUCGACAAUAACCAUUGGAUGUUUUGCACAAUUAUCCGUUUCGCCGUCUCGAAAUCGGUGUAUAUCUGCGUGAAAAUAAUUUCGGCGUCGAAUAUUGUCAUUUUAUUACUCGACGGACGCGUGCUCGACUUCGCGGUGACGAAAAUAGGCGUCGAUAUCGAAUAAUUCACAUUGGACGCCCUAAUAUUAUUGUUAAUAUAUGUGCACGUGUGAUACAAAUAAUUAUUAUCACAAUCUUAUUGUGAUUGUGAUUGAAUGUAUCUGAUAAUAUCGGAUGUAGGUUUUUAUUCAAAACCUGUAUUGGACCCGAUAUUUUCGAAACAAUUUGUUUACUUUGACAUUGUAAACCGAAGAAUUAUCGUAAACAAUGCAUUCGUUCGGUUCACAGUUUUUCAUGUUUCAAAUGUCGGCGGCGGUACGUCGGUCGUCGAUUUUAUACCGGUAGCCAAUAUUCGAAUAUCGGGUGUCGGAGAAAAGUCACACCGGCUCGCCGUCAUUAAUUAUAAUAAUAAUAUACAGAUAACCUACCCGUGUAUACGAAUCCGUUGGCCGACAGCCAAUCCGUAUAGCCCGAGAUACUAUAAAGAACUCGCGGUAAUAACCACAACGCGAAAAAGGCGCGAAAAUUACGUUAUUGAGAACGGGCGAUGACGCGUGUUAAUCGCGAAUAUUAGCGAUUUUAAUAUUUUAUUACCGUAUUGUAAUGCAGUGGUUUUCUACCCGGUGGUCGCCAAAAACCAUACUAUGUGUACUGUAAAUCGUAUUAUUCAAGGUUCUAUCAAACGAUUUUUAAAGGGGUCGUCGUUAAUGAAAAAAAAAAAAAAAAAAAAAAAUUAGGGGGUCGCGAUUCGUAAAUGGUUGAAAACCACUGUUGUAAUGUUAUAAUAUCCGUCGUCUUUGCGCGAACCACUCGGAUAUAAUAUAUUAUGGUAUUCGCUCGUUACAAGAUUACGACGCGUAUCAUAUUUCGACGUAAAUAUUAUUAUAACAGCGAACGUAGUCGGAACCACGCCGAACCCUUACGUUCCGCCGGAACAAACUUUAGGAAACUCAUACGUCCUAUACGAUAUUCGAUUUGUUGACGCGAUGCGAUUCGUUUAAUGCCAUUGGAAUGGUAUCCGGUUUGAACUGCAGACGAAUAACCGAACCGAAAUUCGUUGGGCCACGAUAAAUUGUUUUCGUUUCUGGGCCGAUACUGCGGUAAAUACGGUUUCCAAACAACUUAAUAGUUUAGUGUUUCGACAAUUUACGCGUCGUACAGGUACCGUACUUGUGUUCGGGUGCGCGGCGGCGGCAAACACUCGGUACGAGAAAAAAAUAACCGACUAGAUUCAGCGGUUGUUUAAAUACAACGAACGUUGAAUUAUCACAAUAAUAUUACGGCGUUUAAAAACAAAAACAAAAACAAAAAAAAAAAAAAAUGAAAAUAUUUUAAUACCGCAAAUCGCGUUUGUAUAGUAUUAUAUAGCUGAUUGGGCACACCAGGCGCGUUAAAUAUUAUUGAAAUCGUGUAGACGUUAAAUACCGCGUAACAACGCGGUUUACUAUUGUGAUCGGUGUGACGUUUUUUAUUUUUUCCAUUUUUUUUUUUUUAUUCUUUUAACAACUAUGCGAUAUAUUAUGCGUAUAAUGUAUGCGACUUAUUGAAUCUUGAUACGGUGUAAAAGCGGCUAGACGAUAUUAUAUUAUCGUUGUUACACGAUACGCUUAUACUCCACAAAGAAAUUAUUGAUUAUCAUCGAACAGUCUGUACGGUUUUUAUUAUUAGCGUAAUGUCAGUUUACCUUACUUUAUAUACUGUUUUAUAAAACAGCGUUGUACACUUGUCGUUUCCGAACGCCCAGUCGUUUUUCUAGUAAAUAUAAUUUUUGUUUUUUUUUUUUUUGUUUCAGAAUACCGGAAGUGCGUUUACAAAAGCUGUUUCGGUAAGUCCCGUGGAGCGAUAAUAACUCUACCUAUAUUAUUAUUAUUAUUAUUAUUCGAUAUUUAUUCGAUUUGUAUUCUUAUUCGUUUCGCAUUGUGUCGUGGCGUUUAUCUGCGGCGCGAGAGACGGUGAAAACUAUGCCGAACCCGAACCACCCGAGCGCCUCUAUACCGUAGAAAAAAAAGCAGCAGCAAUAAUAAUAAUAAUAUCUCGGUCGAGUAUAGGGCGGCGUACAGUAUAUUUUAUUACAAAGGUAUACUGUUCUCGUGCCUAUAAUAUUAUGUAGGUAGGUAGGCUGGCGUGCGCCGCGCGACGAGACAAUACUCGGGACCAAAACCAACAACAGCGCGACAAUAAUACGCCUGUGAUAUUUAUAUACAUAUAAAAUAGGUUACGCGCAGAUCGAUUUUCCGUAGACCUUUUUCUCUCUCUCUCUCUCUCUCUCUCGCUCUUUUUCCUCCAGCGCGCGUACGUUUGUCGCGAGCACUGCGGAUUGCGCGGCCGGCGUCUUAAAUCGUAACGACGGUUGCGACCGCGGCGACGACGGGAUAUUGUAAACAAUAAUAAUAAUAAUUAUUAUUAUCAAAAUAUUCCGGACGAGAGCGUGGGCCACAUUAGAUAAUAAAAAAAAAAAAAAAAAAAAAUUAAAAAAGAAAAAAAAAAACUUGUGAAAUUAUCGACCGACGACGCGACGGCGGGUUGUUGAACCUGGUAACACGCCGAGUAUAGUCUUUUUUUUUUUUUUUCUUCUUCUUCUCUUCUUCGUCUCCUUCGACUUCUCGCCCGACGACGUACACGCCAGCCGCGUACACUCGCGCGCACGCACUCCGCACAUAUUGUGUGCCGCCGCUGCCGCCGCCGCCGCCGCCGCGCGAACGCCGUCGAUGUGCACAAAGCGUUUGUUCGAAAUUACAAUAGAGUACCGUAAUGCCAAUAUUAUAUAUAAUAUAAUAAUAUUAUAUUAUACACACACACACACACACACAUAUAUAUAUAUAUAUAUAGGUGAUUAGAUCAAAUAAUAUAUACUUGGUACGCCCGAUAUAAUAUUAUACAGGGUGAUUUGUUUUUUUUUUUUCCCCGCCACGAUCCGGCGAUAUCGCAUUGUCCGCUGCUCGCGCACACCUCGCACAUUUUCGAUUUUCCGUCCAGUCCGCAAACAAACGAUCAUAUCUCCGGUGUCCGGAUUUUCGUAAUUUUUUUUUUUUUUUCAAAUUUUGUCUUGCGCUAUUGUCUCCCGCUUUACGCGUCCGCGGGGUCCGUGUGAACGACACGAGCGCGCGUAUAUUGAAAAUUAAAAAAUACCUCAAAUCGCUAUGCACAAUACGAUGGCCGUGUUAUUCGACAGCAAGGCGUACGAUUAACACAUUAUUGCGAUACCGUACGCAUCGUCCGUUUCGAACUUUGCGUGUUUGGGCUAUCCGAUACGCGUGACGAUUAUGUCGUUUUUCAAAUGUCAUUUCGCUUAUAAUUUACAUUAUUACGGAAUCGGCCCUAAGCCCUCCUUCCCUGGGACCGAAAAGAAAAAAAAAAUGCAAUUUUAAUAUUUACGAUACGUUCAAAACUUAUCCUUUAAACACGUGGCGGAUUUAGAUUUUCAUCAACGCAUAUUUUCGAUUAGUGCAUAUAAUUAUUUAUCUACACGUGGACUACGCGGUAAAUACUAAAAUUACUCCAAAUCUUUCGAUUAAUACCUUUAAAGACACGUAUUUUUAUAGGUUGCCGAAAGUUUUUCUUGAAAUAAUUUUUUAAAAAAACCCUCGUAGGCACUCCCCCGCGGAGGUUUCUGAUAACACAAAAAUGCGACUGAUAAUAAUACAUUGUAAACAAUUCGAUAUGAAUACGAAUGAAACUACGGCAGCAGCUCGCACAAUGUAAAAUACAUUGCGGUUUAUUCGUCUCUUUUCUCGGAUCGUUCCUCACCGUCGGCGCAGCACACGCGCCGCCACCAUCGUCCGCGGUCGAAGAAAUUAUAUUCGAGUUUUGUUAUAACUGCAGUCCGCUCGUCUAUUAGGAGCGGAAAAAAAACAUGAAAAAUGUAAAAAAUGCCUACACUCUACCCGUGCACGGACCGUGCUCUCGUCGUCGGUCCGACCAAUGAAUCGUAUACCCUAUAGUAUUGGAACGUAAAAAAAAAAAAAAAAAUUUAUAAAAAUUGACAGACGGUCGUCGCCGCCGCCGAGCCGCAAUUUAUUCCCAACUUCCCGACCACGGCGCGAGACAAAAUAUAAUGUGUAUUUUUUUAUUUUAUUAUUAUUAUUUUUUUUAUUUUUUUUUUUUUUUUAAGACUGCCGCGUAAAUACCGCGCAAAUAUUAUUAUAAAAAAUCUCGAGCGGAUUCCGAAUACAACAAUGGACGAACCGCGUGGCGACAAGAGAUUUACUUUAGAAUUAAUGAGCGCGCGAUGCUGCGCGCACAUAAUAUUAUUCUUACAUAGAAUAGGUACAUCUCGUUCGAAAAUAAUAAUAUAAUGACUCACGCGAGUUUUUUUAUUAUUAUUAUUAUCAUAUUUUUUCGCGUAUUAUACGCGUCACAUUUUUCUGACGGUACAUACUCGUACAAUACAUAAUAUAAUAUACAGUGAGUAUAUAUUUUAAUUGUUGUUAAGCCCGUUGUCGUGACGAGAUUACUGUACACUCGUUUAUAAUAUACAGGGUGAUUUAUAACAUGAUACACGGAUAGAUUUUGAAUAACACCGAUUUCGGUUUUUAUUCGUUCGUUAUAUUAUAGAAUCGUUUUACAUGCGAAAUUUGGUUGAAAAUUGUUCGACAUUUUACCCUUGUUCCCGCGCCACACUCUGCGAACACUUACAAUGUUAUCAUCAACUUUUGAAUCUCAAUUAAAACCGACCUCUUUUCGAAAAGUUCAAAUUUUUCCGCAAAUUUGUGUACGCAUAACACUUAUAUAAUAUUAAUAUAAGUGAUAUUACUUACGAAUAUGAUAUUAUGUAGUCAACAUAUAGCUACAUAAAGAUUUCUGCUAUAAUUAUUUGUAGGACAUUUAAUACCCAUUUUUUGAGUGGGUGGGUUCCAAUUUUUUUGUUUUACCUCGAGUGUGAAGAAUGUGCAGCACACUAUUGAGUCAACAAGCAAUAAUGGCAAUACAUUUCGCAUACGUUUUGAGAUGAUAACCCUUAUUCUCUACUUCUCUGGUCCAAAUUAAUAAACUAUCGUUGGGUUUCACCUAUAGCCCAGAUUUGCGAUUUUUGAUCAAUUUUAAUUUAAUUUUUUUUUUUUUUUUUUUAAUUUAUUGGCUAAGUAAUAGUCAAUUGAAAAUUUCAAAAAUCCGAAUAAAUUAUUAUUAAUUAUAUGUUACUAAAUUGAAUAUAUACCGUUUCCUAUGGAUAAAUAAGUUCUUUAAAAUUGCAACAUGAUAACGUUAAAAUCGUAUUAAAUUCGACACAAAGGUUUCGUAUGGUCAAAAACACUCGCGUUGCUGACAUCCACGCUAAUGGUUUUGCACUCGAAAUGUGACAACCGCUGCACGAGGGUGAAAAUUGUAUGUUUUCGACAGGAUUAGUACGAAAUCCCAUCAGAAAUCGUAUCCCUGGGGAAUUCAGUUUAAUGGGAUAUCUGCUAUAUUACACCACUCCCCCGGGUCUAUCCCCCUGCACUGCAAGCACUUUCGACGACCGUAUUUCUUGUUUCGACACCAAUCGAAAUAUGAACGAUUUUAUCGUCAGAAUUUCGUUUGAUCGCGCGGCUCCGAGGUGGUCGACCGUGAAAUAUGUAUGAGAGAGAACUACGCGUGUACGUUUGGAAAAGGAAAAAUGCAUCGAAAAUAUAUAUCUAAUAAGGUUAUAAUACAUUAUAUUCUUCUAGUGUAUAGUAAAACGACCGAAUAUAUACGAGAAUAAUCGAAAUUAUGCAACGCGCGAUGCGUAUUUCGCACACGUAUUAAUCUGAUGGGCCUAAGGCCACGUGGGUCGAGUAACAUAUUAAUUAUUACCGGAAUAAAUAAUAUUUUGGCAGUUAAAAAAAAAAAAAAACGUAACGCGGAUCUAAUAAUUCUACCGUACAUUAUAACCUGCACGAUAGACCUCUCAACUAUGUAGUGGACCGCGCCACAAGGAACAAAUAAUUAAUCAGACGAUAAGCGAAACGGGAUAGGAUCUGGGAAGAAAAUAUUUCAUGUAUUUCUUUGAAAAUCGUUGAUAAAUCGUCAAUGCGGCAUCACGAAAUACAAUACCGCAGCCAAAAUAUCGAGUAACCCAAUGGGUGCGUUAUGCCCACCGGGGACGAUAUAUUAUGACCAUUAAAAACGUAAUUUUUUUUUUUUACCCCUUUUUAGCGUAUCGGAAUUACGUUGUUGUGUCGUCGGACCAAAAGCGUUGUGGUCGCAGUACACUGGUCAGUUUCAGUAUACAAAGGGCCGACGAAAGUACCUGCUUGCGAAUACUAAUAUUUAUAAUGAACGAUUUUGAUCGCCGCGCCGCCGCACAGAAGGAAACGGAAUUUCCGUUCGCGCGCGGGUCGCGCCGAUCGUCGGCGAUUAACCGCGGUCGCGGUAUCCGCCCGCGGGCGACCGCGACCGCGGUAUGCUGCGCGCAGAUGAUGUAUAAUAAUAAUCUACAGGUAGGCGUACGGGCGGCCGUAACCGCGGGUAUAACGGUAUAAACCGCAAACCUCGUUUCCCCUCUCGGGAUUUCCCGUCGUCGCCCGGACGGUGCGUAAUGUAAUAAUAAUAAAAUACACUGUAUAAUAUUAUUAUUUAGUCCAUGCGGCCGAAUGUGCUCGUAUCGCAAUAUCGUAAUGGGUAACCCCUACGGGCGGUCAACAGCUGCUGCUGCUGCUGCUGCUGCUGCUGCUAUCACGGUCGCGCGACGGUCGUCUCGUCCGUCUGGUCGCGAUCGCGAUUCCGGUGCACGCGCGCGCGAGCGACAACAAUAAAUAUUUUUAAUCCGACUGCGUUUGGGCCGCGUGUGCAUCGUUUUAUAUUCGGCACCGUUCGAGGAGUACAACAGUGCGCGUAUAGGUAACGAUAACGUGGUAAUAACCGCAAUAGUAUACCGACACGCACGAACGCGUAUGCUCGUCAAACGUGUAACGCGUUGGACAGAGAGAGAGAGAGAGAGAGAGAGAGAGAGAGAAAAUAAAUAAUAAAAAAAAAAUCGUGUCACCGAUUUAUAGCCGGUGUGUGUAUCGACCAUAUAUUAUUAUAUACGGGUAUACCGACCGAGAACAAAUAUUGAUUUCGGAACGUCAAAUUAAAAUUCCGGCGACGCCGUCGUAUACCCGUACUCGUAUACUGUAUAUAUAUACGUACGUGGACAGAAAAAAAAAAAUAUAUAUAUAUAUAUACAUAUUACAACGGUCGGAUUAUUAUUUUUUCGAGUUUUAAAAACUUUCGUUCUCCGACGCGUAACUGUUCGUGGAUCGUCGCGUGUCGUCACCGCAUUGUAAAAAACACAACGACACUCCGAACGUUUUCCGGCCGCGUGGCCCGGAAUUCAGGCGCCCGGCCCGAACUGGUUCAGGUUCUGCGCCCUAGUUACGCGGCGGAUUUUUUCCCUCGGAUGUAUUUAAUUUUUAAUCCAUCCCGUAACGCGAAUCAUAGAGAUUAUCGAGUGAUUAUCGGUCCCCUGUAUCAAAUUAUUCAAAUUGCGAUAGUUUACAUUAUAUAGAAUUAUCCGUUGAAAAUACAAUACCCAUUCGCUUACGGCUGUGCCGCCACCGGUUUUAUCCCGAAUCGAAUUUGGAAUUCGGAACAAGUGCAUGUAUUUCUAGACGCGUAGGUAGCCGCCAGGAAACCUAAUACACCACGUCGUAAGCGAUUCUCGACGUUUUGUUCGGUAUGCGAAAACCGCGGCGCAGUACGUUUUGAAAAAUAUUCAUUUCUGGCUUCGGAGCUUUAAUCGGAAACUACGUAAUUAUGAAUACUUAUCGUGCAACAAAUUAAAAUCGAUUGUUUUUUCUUUGAUAUUCUCAUAUUCUCUCGCGUGCCUUUUUUUUUUUUUUUUUUUGUUAACAACGGUUGAAACCGCUAUACACACGCAUUAUACCUACGUUAUCGCGAAUAACAAUAUGCAGUCAUAUCCUGUUGAUUUCCUUGAGGUGAUAAUUAAUAAUAUGAAUGUAAUACCUAUCUAACAUUUUAUAUACGUAAUUCACGAUAUUAUUAUAAAUUGUUAGAGGUCGUUAUUAUAGGUAGGUAGCUAAUAAUUAUAAUUUGGCCUAGUAUUAUAGAGCCCAUCAUCUCGCGUAUAGUGAUGAUUAUCCGGGCAUAAAUAUUAUAUAUAGUGGUCCUUCGCGAAAUACAUGUGUUUUCAUUUUUUUUUUAAAAUUUGCAUAUAUGUAUAAUAUAUUAGAAUCGUCCAAUUUUCAAUUAGUAUCUACGGUGCAGUAUUAUAAAUUAUAAUAUACUCGAAAAGAUAAUUCACGGUCUCGCGUUUUGACUCGCGUACAUUUAUUAUGUUAUAUUCGAUCGGUACAUCAAUCACGGAGCAGCCUUAGCAUUUCCGCGUAAGGCUAAUUUUAUAAAUAAAAAACGCGAUUGCAUCAUAAAUUAUCGGUUUUUUUUUUUUUAAUUUUUACAUUCUUAGUAUAGGGAGAAUGUGAUUUUUUUCUACGCAGAAUACACUUUUCGGUCAGCUAAAAUUCUCCGAAUCAUUCGCUGUAGCGUACCUUAAAAUAUGCGAGAAGAUUUAGCGAGUUUUCCCAGAUACUGAAAAAUGAAAAAAACUCACGAAACAUCGGUUUUAUUUUCGUUGAUUUCUGGGUUACCUAAUACAAGUUUACAAUGAGGGGUUAUUACUAUUUACCAUACUAUUACCAGUUCACUGAGCUCCACUCCAUUUUUUUGAUUGCAAUCAAUUAGUUUUACUUCAUGUAUUACCCUACACCUUCCGAAAUUUCCAUCUAUGACAGUGCAGACGGCUACCCAUCAUGGUACGUCCGGCUUUUCAUUCGGACGAGACGAGAGAAAAUCAUCGUCGUCCCGUAACUAAAAACAAUGCGGUCCGCUCCGGAAUCGAACUCUGCGAUAGUCAGCCUAUAGUUGCAGUUGCAGUUUUGCGGUCGCGACAAAGAAUAAUAAUGCCGGCAUUACAAUUUUAUUUAUAAGUCGUAUUUUCCUUCGGUAGCAAUACACGUAUAUCGGUUUUUAUAUUAUUAAGUUAUGUGCCGUGCAGAAUGUCUACAUACCUAUUAUAGAUUCGUGAUUUGUAUUAUUUUUGCCUUCGACGGGGAGGGGUAGGGUUGGACGGGAGUCGAGAGGGAGAGGGGAUGGGAAAUGACGAUACAAUAUAAUAAUAACGGCCAUCAUCUUCUAUAUUAUUCUUGUUAUACAUGCUCGUAUUUUUAUACGUAUACCUAUACGCGAUUGCAAAUUCGCAACGAGAAAUACGCGCCGGUCGUUCAUCACGUCGUCGUCGUCGGUCGUCGCGGCGGUGGACCCUGUCCGACAUAUUAUUAUUAUUGUCUGUGUCGUUUAAUCGGACACCUGUAUCAGAUUCUUCGAUAUUCUCACGGACGGUAAAAAGCACCGUGCGCUGCAGCGGUCGGGUAUAACUGCCUGUCCAUACGUGCCGUGCAUCUUCAAACGGCAUAAAAAGAAGACGAACGGAAAAAAAAACCAGCAAACUGCUGCAGGUAUAAUAUAUUUCGUAUUAAAUACGUCGUCGUCGAGCGGCGAGAAAACGAUUUUAGCAUUCAGCCAGCACUUGUCCAUUCAUAUUGGCGCGCGCGCGCGCGUGUGUGUAUGUGUGUGUGUGUGUGUGUGUGCUUGUGUGAAAACGCGUAUAUCGACGUUAUUUCCCCUUCACCUCACUCUCCUCUUCGACAAAUCAAACGAUAAUAAUAUUAAAUUUCAAUAUCAGCGGAGCAGAGCCCCACCUGUUGCCCGUCACCGCGAUGACGUAGAGGUGCUUCCUACACGUCGUCGUCGGUUUUUUCGUCUUUUUGUUCGUCACAAUACAAGCGUGUUUUUCCAAGUCCGAAUUUGUGUACACGCCGUCCAACGUCAAUAAAUUACACAGGAUUAAAAAAUAUUCCAUUAUUAAUAUACGAUCGAUCUCGGAGCGCGCGAUUAAUCAUCCGGCGAAAUAUCCGUGCGAAAAAAUAACCAUCGAGCCGUCGUCGUUUCUGCAUUCGAGCACGAGGUGACGGGGAUUACAAUAUGAUUUUUCUGACUCGUACACGUUGUUUAACGGUUAGGUGAAAAUAUAAUAUGCUACCAAAAGUCUAUAAAAGAAAAUUUACUUACAUACUAUUCCAAAAAAAAAAAAAACACAGCCAUCAGUGAAUAACUGAAAAGGCAAAAUAUUAUGAUGGGCUAGUCAUAUGCGGAGGUCUGAAGGUAUAGGAAACAAAAUUUUUAUCGGGAGAGACUGGACGGGAAAAGUGCAAGAGUGCACGCUCCGGACAUGCAGCGUGAAGUCGGAUAUUGCAGAAAUUUCUCGGCAAGGUGAAGACGGAGAUAAAUGGAGAGGGGCGGUACGUGUAGCGAAGGGCCUUCGUAGACAUUAAAAACUGAUUGAAGAUGAAUAAAAAAAUAUCGCUGAUUUGUGUAAUUUUAUAUACGAUUUCAUUAUAUACGAAUUAAUAGGAUAUGAUGAACGAUGCGAUAAGAACAAACAAAUUCUUAUCUUGACCGCCUCCCCGCCCGUUCGAGUGGCCGUUAUCAUGAUAUAUAAUAUUUGUACUGUUAUUAUUCGGAAGCUCGGUUGCACGUUUAUAUUAUUAUUAUUAUAAUUAUUAUUAUCGUCAUAUUGAAGAGCCUCGACCGAUUUGUCUUACAGACCGACAAUGAUGACUGUCGGUAUUUUUACGUUUUUAGCGUGUUCUCGUUUCGUGCAGCGGACUUGUCCGCGAUCAAAACAAUAAUCGUGAUCCCGAUGUCCGAUAAAUAUGAUUAGCGGUCAGCGUAAUUCCUCUUAGUAUUUAAUAUAAGUUUUCCGGACAUAUAUAUGGUUACAUCUAUUUUUUUUUUUUUUUAAAUAGCGUUCAAACUUAAACUUUUUGUUCUUAUUUAAUACGAAAAUCUGAUUGUUUUGUCCGCUGGUAAAUAUAGUUUUAUUAACGUAAUAUUUUACACAAUCAUCGUUAUAACUCGCGCAAAACGAAUUGUACGGGAUUCAAACGAUUUGUUUUUCUUUCUGAAACUCACGUUUUAACGAAAAAAAAGUCGUAUUUCACGCUUUUUCCAACUUUUUAGUAUUUUUUAAAUUUUAUGUUUAGUAUUUAAAUAUCCUAUGAGUAGCUAUUAUUUAGUAUGUAUUUAAUACAAGAAGUAUCAAAUAAUUAUUUUGUACGAAUCGAUAUUAUACGGCCUCUUUCGGUUCGGUAUAGGCGCGAUAUAUUAUAAUAAGCCGAUAUGAUUUUUCCCGAUAUUUGUUACCGAUAACCGGUAUUCGAAAUCGAAACCCGUUAGCCGAUGUUUGAAGAUAAAUCGAUAAAUCUCGGAUGGAAAUCGGAACGUUUUUUUUUUGAUUUUAUCCCGAAACCAGAUAUCCCCGAUAAUAUCGGCCGAUAUACGAUAUCAGCUUGUGUCAACAAUAUACUCUAUCGUUAUCUGCAGUAAUCAUUUAUUACUAUUAUUAAUUAUCGUUUAUUUCAUUAUGUAUUUUAUAAUCGCUCGUGAUCUUCUCGCCCUCUAAAACGUCAUAAUAAUGAACAUAUAAAUUAUAUUAUUAUCUCUUCAAUUUUCUAUUGACACCGUACAAUUACUAACAAUGAUUUUUCUGACCAUUUCGACAAUCAAUCAUUAUAAUAUUUAUAAGUCUGAAAAAAAAAAAAAUAAUACCUAAUGUACAUAAUUUAUACUGCACUUUUUUUCUUUCUCAAUAAUCGUCCGUUAAACGUUUCGAAACGUAGUGUUACAAAUGCGAUUGUCGUAUAUAAUAAAUCACUAAUAAGCUCAACGUUCAGUGACAUAACCGGCCGCCAUAACAAUAUUAUACAUUAUUACUUAUAUUACUAUAUAACCGUAAGUAUAUUAAUUUAACGGGCGUCGCGGUGAUAAUUAUAGCGUUUGGCGUAAAUAUGCCUAAUUACGCCGGUAACAAUUAUAAUGUUUAAACGAGGAACUUUAUGCAUAACGCAAACACAUCGUCAAUUAUUAUUAUAUUGUACCGUAAACGCGCAUUUCGUAAUAAGUGCCUGUUUUUUUUUUUUUUUCAUGACUCCUUUCCAUAUACACGGUAUACCUAUAUUAUAUUAUUAGGUAUUAUAAAAUAUUAUGAUGUGUACGAACAACAUAAACACAAAUAAUACACCGAAGUACAAAUAAACAUGAAAAUACCGUUGCUUUUAAAAUUAACGAAACAUUAUUUUUUUCCGUCCAUAAUAUACUUUGAACGCACUUAACUGUAAUAUUAUUGCAAUAAAUUAUAAAACCGUAUAGCUGUUAUGUGUGUAAACAGACGUAAUCCAAUAACCACCGUGUUUUCCAUCGCUAUACUGAACUUUGUGCGUUUAUUUUCCUGCUUUGAACCGACAAUUUGUUUUUACUUGUGCAACAAUGCAGAAGCUACAUAAAAUUAUACUAGUAUCGACUACUGAAGCGUAUAGUUUUUUCUCGGAAAACACUUUCUCGUUAUAGUAAAAAUAUACAGAUUUUUCACGUGAUACGAAAAGAUACCGAUUAUUUACUUAACGGUAAAAUUUAUUUAAAACGUUUUUCAAAACCCUCAGGUAGUUCAUUCCUAAAGAAUUUUUCGAUUAGUAAAUAUGCUCCGAAUAUUUUGUAUCGGUUUUUUCUAAUACAAAAAUACUAGACAUGACGAAACUCACGAAAAUUUUCAAUUAUUUUAUGUAGGUAAAAAUUAUUAUCAACAUUUUCAAUUCAAUAAUUUAGCGAAAAACUAUUUUAUUUAAUCGAAUUCGGAAUCGUAUUUUCAUUUAAUUUUCUAUUCAAUUACAAAUUUAUUUACCCAAAGACGUGCUAUUAUAGCUGUGGGACGUACGAUUAUAUUGUUGUUGUAGAAUUUAUUUGAAAUUAGAACAGUUAAUAUAGCCAUCACUAAAAGAGAGACAGAGAGAGAGAGAGAGAGAGAGACAGAGAGAGAGAAAGAGAGAUAGAGACAGAGGAAAAUCUUUAGUGAUCGUUUUUACCGUAUACUCUUGAGACGACGGAGGCCGAAGAAAACUAUAAUACACAAUUGGUACGAUAUUAUUAUUGGACUCGUGGAGAGACUUUAACGGCCGCUUCUAAAUCGGCCGAAACGCUAUUGAAAUAUUAUUGAUGUCGAUGAUAAAAAUAAUUAUUAUUAUUGUAUCUGUGGCUGCGGAGAUUUCGUGAACGUGUAUUUGUGUGUGUGUGUGUGUGUGCGUGCGUGCGUGCAUGCGUGUUUGUGUACGGUGAUAGUUUAAUAUUUUAUAAUAAUAUAGACGAUCGCGUGGCUAACAUGGGAUAACCAGUUAUAUUUUUCUGCGAAACCGGUCGUGGCAUUUGGGGUUUUUUUUUUUUUUUUUUUUGCGCCGUUGACCGUGGAUCGAGACGAUUGAGUAAAGAUUUCGUUUAAAAAACGCCCAACAAGGUCAAUAUUUUAUUCUUGGUACUAUAUUAUAAUAUAACGUGUGUACCAUUCCUAUAUAGGUCUUCCAGGACGGUUUUUUUCGUAUCGAGCAGCUCCGUGAUUCAUAUAUUUAUAAUAUAAUCAAAUAUUGUGUUAUUAUCCGUCCGCGUCCGUCGUGUGUGUGCUGCAGCACAUCACCCGAGAAAAAAACCACCAAGAGACGCGAUUUAAUUAACGAAAUUAAAAAAAAAAAAAGCUAUUAUUAUUGUUUUACCGGCGCGACUUCUACAGUUGGUAGCGCGUAAAACACCCGAGGCCGCUGAUGUCAUCACGAUGCGAAUAAAAUAAUAUUGAUUGUAGAUAUGUGUAUAUGUAUGGAAAAUAACAAUAUUUCAUCAUAUUGACAUCGAGUGAAUAUAAUAACGAUUUGGAUUUUCUUAAAGUUUGUCUGGAUAAUAAUAAUAAAUAAAUCGUCUUGGGUAUAAUAUUUUCGGAUUGGUGUUUUUUAUUUGUGUGUGUGUUCGUAUAAAUAACCAUUUCUAUCAGAAAUCUUGUUCUGAUCGAAAACCGUAUAAGACCUUUCUUGUAGAAUUUUUGAUCAAGUCGGUGCUUUGAGAAGGUCAUUUUUUUAUUUACCUUGUAUGGUGUUUUUUAAUGAAUUGGAAAAACUGGCAAUUUUUCGUGUAAUUUAUGUUGAUAUCUGGGUUACCUUGUCAACGAGGGAAAAAAAUCAACCAAUUAUACACUGCUCAGAAUAGUUUUUCGUAUUAAACAUUAAUUUAAUUACUCUAUAUUUAUUAUAUUUCCAUCAAAUUUCACUCUUGAAAUAUGGCACUGCGACCAUCAGCAAUACCAGACUUUUUUUUUACUAUACGUAUUUUAUUGAUUAUAAUGUUAUAUUAAAUCUAUAAAAAAAAGUGUCAAUCAUUCAAGACGGAGAAUUUUAUCGGUUUUACGAUAUGGUAUAUUUUCUUAUGAUUCACCCGCCUGCAAUUCUAUUACGUAACUAUAAAAUAAAUAACGCAAAUUAUUGCUAUGCAUCUUCAUUUUUUUAUUCACCUUGCGAGCAUAAUAUACUAUAAUACUGUCAAACGUAUAUAAUUGAAUUUGAACACAAUAUAAAAAACAUCGUGUGAUCAAGACUAGUAAAAUUGCACGUGGACGUAAAAUAAUAUUGUCGAUGUUCGUCGGCGAGACGGUACAAUAUUAUUUUAAACGACCAGAAAAAACAACAACCUUAAGAUCGUUAUUCAUCGAGUUCGCGGGCCGUAUAAAUUAUUAAAGUCGAUAAUUGAAUUACACACGUUCGUCUACGAAUCGUCCGAGUACCAUCACGAACAUUAUGACACAUCGACAUAAUAGUGCCCGAUUGAAAAACGUUUCGAGUUUGCAGUUUAGUUUGCGUUAAAAUUCGCUAAACGAUUUGCUUUCAGAAAGAAAAAAAACGGUACCCUCGAAAAUCGUAGCCAUUUUUCCGGUAAAGAAAAUCGUUGAAUUUACUUAAAAAUCUUCAUAAUAGCUAUGGUUAGUGAUGUGCCUUGGGAAUAUUCCCUAAAGAAAAAUGUAUAUAAUUUAGAAUUUAUCGGGAAUAUUUACACGACAUAUUUUUCUUCCCUAUAUCGGGAAUUUUUUUUUCCGUUCCGUCAGUCUACACGACUAAUAGACGUUACUUUUUUUCAAUGCUUAAAUAUAUUUUUUAGUUAUCAAAGAGUUUUUAAAGAGUGCAUGUAUUUGUUUGUUUUGCAAACAGCUUGUUAAAACCAAUUAAAGAAGUAUCGCUAUUUUUAGAUCCUGGACCAAGUAAAGCGUCUGUCUAGGUUACAGUGCAAACAUAGGUUUUUUUUUUCUCCUAAAACUAAACUAAAUGUUUUAAUUGAUAUUUUUUUUUUAUUUUUUUUUUUUUUUGAGUACUUGAAGAACGUAGGUACAAUCGUAUAAUAUUAAACAUAAACUAAGGAUAAUGAUAGUUCGUUCGCGUUUGGAUUAGCGAUGAUUUGAAUUUCGACUCACCUAUACUAGAGUUUGUAGUGAAAAUUCGCAUUAUUCGGGAAUCUAUUAUAAAUUCCCACGGAAUAUAAUUCAUCGCUUUUAAAUACCGGGAAACGGCCCAUCACUGCACAGCUAUAAUCGCCGGUUCGCCUGCAGAUAAAUGAACCGCCGUGCGUCUACGUAAUAUAACGUUUCGUAUAACAUUAUGCAGCUACAUACGUUAUUAUAUUGUAUUAUAAAAAGACGAGCGCGAACCCGAAUAUUUCGUGUGCGCGCUCGCUCGUACGUUAUAAUAUAUUGUACGAAACAAUUCGCUCUAGGCCCGCCGAAAGUUAUUUUCGUACUCCGCAAUAACGGAUAAUUAUUACCGCGAUAAUAUACGCGCGUAGUCGAACCGUGCGGGAAUUUAUUAUUAUUAUUUAUUUUAUUUUUUUUUUUUGUCGUUUUCCGUCGUUUAUCCGAUCGGCGCAUCGUCUCCGUGAGAAAAACGGACACACCAUUUCUAUGAUAGUCGGUCGACCCGCAGGACAAACGGCGGCGGUUCUCCUCGUAUUCUAUUAUUAUUAUUAUUAUUAGGUGUAACGCGUAUAUCUCGUUAUACUGCAGCAGGUAUCUUUCGGACGGAUCGGGCGCGCGUAUUACGAGCCGCGGUGCAUAACGGCGCAAUGGCGGUUAGGCAAAAUAUAAUGUACAGUACUAAUAAUAAUAAUAAUACGACAAGGAUACAGAAAAAAAAAAAAAAAAGAAAAACCGACCGUUUUCGUCGUGAUAAUAAUAAUUAUUACUAUAACGCGCGUGUCCGAUUACGAUGUACGUAACGAUUACGCGUACGAGACCGCGGUGUUGCAUACGGCUCGAGGGGUAACCGGGUCCCGACGGUCGCCGUCGUCGUCCGGUCGGCCACGCGUGCACGUUGAAAUGCAUACGCGUCAAGGGGCCACUGACCAUUCGUCCGCACACGCGCGCCAUUUUCCAUUUCCAAAAUAUUAUUCGGUGUCCGUCCGCCGCCGGGUCUCUCGAAUAGAAAAAAAAAAAAAAUAUAAUAAUAAUAAAAAUCAUCAAACAAAAAAAAAAGAAUAAAAAAAAAAAAACAACAAAAUCAUUAGGCCUCUUUCCGCGCGGAUCUCGUACAUUAGAUACACUAUUAUAUUAUAGUCGUCGCGUCACGUCAUUAGGGCGGCCGGACCCGUCGACGUUAUUUUUUUGUCCGAAAUAAUAAAUUACACGUAAACGCGCGCUGGACCGGACCGAAUCCACUACUGCUGCGGCCGCCGAGUCGGAUUUCUUGAGAAAAACGCGCUUGUCACUCUCCGGCCGCGAAGAAUCCGCCGCCGUCGAAUGUCCGAAAAGAAAAAAAAAACCGAAAAACAAAAUAAAAAUAAAUUUCAAAUCCUUCGCACCCGGCACUCGCGUUUUAAUUACCUAUACAGCUGCACAUGGACGGCGGAAAUUUCAUUUUAUUUUAACGUCAUCGUCAACUACACACACGAAUAUAAUUUUUUUUUUUUUUUUUUUAUAAUAACGCGUCUCGUUUAACAACGACGCGAUGCGCAGAGGUUCACGGCCCACGUCCGAUAACAUUUUUUUCCCUCUGUUUUUCUGUGGGGAUUUUUUUUUUUUUUUUAAACAGUCGGCGCGUUUAAUUCACACACGCGGCGCAACACGACAAGUGAUGUUCUUCCGACACCGCAUAAUAAUAAAUCCUCUGCCGCGUAAACGUUUCGAUUGCGACCAGUGUCUAUUUCGGACCUUCAUACCCGAUGAGAAUAUUGUUAAUUCCCAAGGGGGUAUGAUGGCAGAGCCGGAUCUAGGAAUUCUUACAACUGGGAGAAAAAAAAAAUUAAGCAAAAUACGCUUAAUAAUGACUUUAUUUUGUAGCUCGUUAAAAUACGAUUAUUUCUGUAAAAUAAUAUUUGUUCUAUUUUAUUGUCAACAAUAAGAUGACUCAUAGUUGGCACAUUUCACAUAUCAUAUCACAUUUUUUAAGUAAUAGGUACCUCCCGAUUACCCUUUCCUCCCUGAAAUUAACAUUGAUUGUGACGCACUUGCAACGACUCGCAGUGGGUACUUGUCUACAAACCGUCACGGGAAAAAUCACUAUCCAUCACCGAGUGAAAAUCUGCGAGCCGUUAUGAGCGGUGGAUACUGACUACGGUGUAUUUUUCGUAUAUAUUUUCGUGAUACGGUACUUGUAUACGAUUUUACGUACGGCUGUCGUCGCGACCGAAACCAGUGGCGCGGUUAGUGGGAUGCUGAUAAAGACUUAGCUAGGGAUCACCCCCUCCCCAUUGGCUGUUUAAUGCAAUAACCAUACGGGUAUUAUAUUUUAUAAGUAAUAUUCGAUUUUGAAACACGCGAAUAUUUCGGCCAAGUAAAAUUUUGAUUUAUCGAUUAUGUAUUAUAUACGAAUCGAUUCCUGCUCGGAUCUGGCUUUUGUAAAUCGCCAUCAUUGUCGUGUCGGGUAAAGAAGAACAAUAUUCUAUACGAAUAAGGUAUUUACGAUCAACAUGUUGUUUGCCAUGCCCUCUCGCGUCGUCACAAAUUCCUCGGGGCACACCGGUGACACCGAAACCGCGUGUUAUCCAUUCCGGCCGUCUGCAUUCGUCGCCUAAAAUCCAAUUCGGAAUAUUGUUUACGGCCGAAUAUUACUAUCGAAAGUGAGCGCUAUCGGUAUUAUACAAUGGCUAGUUCGCGUGGGAAACUACAUUACUGAUGUUUUGGCGCCCGUCGACGGUAAAAAAAAAUUAAAAAUCAUUUAUACGCCUACGCGUUUUCCGGGGGCACAUCGCGGCCGUCGUGCGGGUCCCGUGUCGAAUCCGCGGCGGGCCUAUAAAAUAAUAUACUUAAUAUCUAACGUCGGAUUUUUCGAGUAGACGUUUCACACGCAUUGCACGGAAAACCGCGUUCAAAAUAGCUGCAUGAAAAAAAAAAACGGUGCCAUUAUUCUUCUUUUAGAUUCUGAGCGCAACGACAGGAAUAUUGUACUGGUUUUACUAUGAUGUGCGUUUUUCUUCCUUCCUGUUUCCACAACUUGUCUAUCGGAAAUCCGAUGAUCCGAUUUUUAAGCGCAGGUAUAGGUACCCCGUCUUUUCCGAAAACGCAAUUCGCCUAGCCGGCGCAUUACAGGCGACGUCAUUUUUCGAUUUUUCCGGUAGUAGGAAAAACGAGUACAAUUUACGGCAAUAACGAUUUCGUUAUUUUUCGAUGUCAUUCUGUUAAAUAUAAUCGUAGAGACCGGAUUUUUUCGCAGAGCACACGUGCCCGUGUAACCUUUUAUCCGUAAAGUUUUCGAAACGCCCCGGCGAAUAUCGAGUUCAUUAUUAUAGGCGUUUGGCAUUUUCGAAUUUUUUUUUUUUUCUUUUAGAUUUUAUUUAGUUUUGCGCAGAUAAAAUCGGUUUUCUUUCGCAUGCCUACAGACACUAUAAUUGUAUACAAUAAUGCGUUGGCAGACGGCGACACGUGCAUACACAAGCGUACGCGACUGCCGCCACAAAUCAGCAUCAGUACCUAUAUACAAAUAAUAAUAAUGUAUAAUGACGGAUUGUCGGGCCUUAUUCUACGUGAACACGACGAUUUCAUAACAAAUGACUGCGAACUGGACGUCAGCCGGCCGUCUCGCCGGCUAAGAAUAUUAUUCAUACGGUGUGAUGCGACCGUCAUCGGCGACGGCGUACAAUGUAUAGGUAUACCUACUCGGUAUAUUAUUUGCUUUUUUUCUUCUUCUUUUUUUUUUUUUUACCGUCCGUCCGUCCGAGUUCAUAAAAUAUCGUAUAUUAUACAAUACGAAAUAUUAUACGGACGCGCACAUCCGCCGAGUAAUGCGAAUUAAACGUUUUAUACUUGAUUCUCGUACAUUAUAUUAUAUACGCACUGUAUAACACUGCUGGCCGCGGUUGAUGUUUACAAUAAGCGAUUGACGUUUGAGUACCCAUUUAUAUUAUUAUUAUUAUUUACCCGCCGAGUCCUUGAGUACUGCGUGCGUCGCAAGGCGACCGUUGCAAUUUGUCAGGAAUUUAAUGAAAAAUUAAUUUUUAAUCUCGGCGGACGGUUGCGGAUGGACCGGCGGUGGAGGAGGAGUCGUAUAGUUGCGUCUGCGGUGUUUUUCAACACCCUAUACGAAUGUCCAUCGGAAUGCGUACGUCCGGGUUCUUUUAUUGUUAUUUUGUUUUUCCGCCCGAUCCGUACUGACGCGUAUUAUCGAAACAAAAUAACGCGCACUCCGUGCCGCUUAAAAUCGCAUUUUAUCUCAACGUCUUUAAAAGUAUACGAACACGUCGUUUUGAUUUGGCGCAUACGCUCAACAGCCGUUUGUAAAAGGGACCGGCCAAGUCCGUGUGACGGCGUUUGCGCAUGCUCGUGCACGUAUUCGGUCCGAGAAAAUCGACUACAUAUUACAGUAUCGGCUAACCGUUAAAACGGAUUCCGAAACCCCGGAGUAUUUUCGUUUUUCGGUUGUCGCGGCGGACAGUUUUCGAUCGCCGGCCGCGUACAUUUUAUCCAAACAAAAGCCCACGGCAACGGUGGCCGGAACGCGGCGUUCCCUAGCCAUGCGGAAAAUCAAUUGCGACGCGCCCGGCGAAUCGGCUAAUGGGUUUUCGAGACCGCCGGGUACGCAUACUUACAAUAAUAAUGAUGACGAUGAUGACGACUCCGGCGAAGACGAAUAGGUGCGGAUGAUGCGGGUGACGAGCGAAUAAACGUAAAAAAAAAAAAAAAAUACCAAACGAGAGAAAAAGUAGAUAUCAUUCUCUUCCAAGGCCGGCCGCGAUCUGAGGCCGCUACGGAUGCUGCAGUUUCGUUUUCUUUCUUGUAUAUAUAUAUCAGUCUUGUGACUAUAAGCAAUAAUAUUACGAAGUCGGCCCGAUCUCUUCGCGGUUACGCAACGUUAAUGAACCCGACUGGCGGACCGCGAUCUUUACGUAUCAAACAGUAUUAUCCUCGAUUUACGUAUAUAUAUAUACGGCAUACCUACCGCGUGAUGACGCUGCAGCUGCGGAAACUGAAAAUACAUCGGCUCCUGAAGAAAAAAAAAAAAAAAAAAGAAACAACCGUCCUGUAUAAUAUUUGCGUUAUUGUUACCGCGAACCGUGAACCGGAUUACAAUAUUAUAAUAUUACGGUCGCGUAGGUAUUACACGCGCAAUGCCUUCGCCCGAACGCGAUCCGUUAAAAUAACAGAGUCCGCGUUGUUAUUGUCUUCCGCGGGUGAAAAACGCGCGCGGGCCGUAUAUACUUAUUUCAGGUUCGCGUAUAUUUACUUAAUAAUUUUUUAACGACCGAGAAAAACCGGGGUCUUUAAACUCGUCGUACGACGGCGUGUAGUCUCCGGACGUACAUAUAGUAUCAGUACGUGUUUAUAAUUGAUGUUUGGUAUACAAACGCCGCAUGCCGUUCAACGCGAUAAUAAGCGGGACCUAGAAAAAAAUCUAAAAAAAAAAAAAAAACAAUAAGAAAACCGCCGGACGGUCCCACGUGUGGAAAUUAGUAUAAUAGUUAAAAACACGCGCACGUUUUCCGAAUUUUUUUCCUAUAUCCGAUAACUCGAUGCGAAACGAAAAAAAACAUCCAAACAAACCAGAUAAUUGCAAAACGCACGAUAAUUCCGCGAUAUCCUCAUUAUCGGUUUGUGUCGAUGACACUCACCGUGUUAUUAUUAUGAUUAUUAUUGUUUUUUUUUUUUAUUUUACCGAACAAUCGCGUCUCAUGAAACAUUGUACGGUAGUUACUUAUUUUUAAGACCCCAAUUUAAAUUGAUGGGGAUAUCGCGAGUGCGUGACGUUUUAAAUUUGAAUUGCCCGACUGUGUAGGCGGAUUGGUAGGACUGUAUAUAUUUAAAAACUGACGGACUUAACGAUUGUUGACAAACUGUUCGGCGCGUUGAAAGUUUGGGGUGUGAGCCCGUUCACCUCCUGGUGGCGCAACACUGGUAAUUCUAUAAGAACAGGAACGCGUUAUUCUUGGUAUGUCGAAAAAAAAAAUAUGAUUUUUUUUUUUUUUAUUCUUACGCACUAGGACGAUAAGUUAAAUAAGUGCGGGCGCACUCGGAACAUAGGAAAUAACAGUCAUUUCGACUUUCGGGUAACCCCGAAAGUUAUUACAAUGCGUUUUCCUAUGCAAUUCGAGAAACACAAUCGUUUUGUUGUUUACGAGUAUCUUUGCCUCGUUCUCGCCCGCUAUUUUACGCCUGCAUAUAAUACGCGACGUUUUCGGCAAACUCGACAUUAUAUUUACGACGUUAUACACAUAAUUUUUAUUAUUAUUAUUGUCCUUAUACCUUGUAUCCUUACACCACCUGUCGACCGUUUCGUUUUUUGUUUUUUUUUUUUUGUGCUUGUUUCGUGCACUUUUAAGGUUUUCAACUGCAUUAAAUUCACAGUCCUGAUUAUUAUUAUAAUAUAGCGAGACUGGUCACAACCGGGCGCACGUGCGGGUCCGUGCCGGAUUGACCGCCGAGGCAGAAUAAACCACCUGUUUGUGAUACGUGUAUAAUAAUAUCAUAAAUACGCGUAUUUUAAUGUAAACGCACGCCGCAAGAAACACGGUCGGCGCGCGUCUCGUUUUCGGUAUACUCGGCCCACACGGUGUUUUUUUUUCCACGUCUGAAUUAUUACGACCGUCCGUUUACCGCGGAGGACAAUUGAUUUUGCUUUCGUUUUUUUUUUUUUCAUCUGCGACCGCCGCCGCUGCCGGUGCAGUACCUACGCCUUCAUUCAACGUUGGACGCCGUCCGUAGGCCGACCGGCAAGGUCGUCGCGCGACGCGGCAUCCGCACGGAGAACCCGUCGUUUCCGAAAAAAAAAAAAAUAGAAAGCACGCCCCUCGCCGCACGUCGGCUCCGUCUAUAAAAACGUACAGAUUCUCGGUGGCCGGCGAAAAACCGCGGGAGAAAACAACGGGGAGGAGUCGGACGCGCUCAGCACGGCCGCCGGAUCGGCAGCAGUCUGCACGAACAAGCAGAUUCAAAGGUCCACGGCCCUUACCCGGCGUUUGGUCCUCGGGACGUUGUGAAACCGUCCGCGAACAAUUUGCCGUUUAUUAAUUUUUCUCUCGCGGACGCGCCGUGCCGAUUUUUCGAUCGACCGACGCCGCGACGGGGGUCACACAAAUCACUGCGCGAUCUCCGUUACGAAACGACGGCCGUGCGGGUCGAUCUCGGCCGCGGCUCUUCCGCGAAGACCCGACGGCGGCCGUACGGAACGUUUCGUUUCGAAUCGCGUGCGAGUUUAUCGCCACUUAAACGUUUGCCGGCACCGGCGGUUGGUUUCUCGGCCGAGAGUAAUACAAUUACCGCAGCGGAGAAUACAUUACAAUGGCGUAUGCGACGGAAACGGUCCGCGCGAAGUUUAGCGGGUUUUAUAGAACCGGUAAAGGUACUGAAAAGAGAGAGAUAGAGAGAGGGGAAACGAAAAAAUUGAAUAAUAAAACAAAAUAUCGUUGAGGUCGGGCGUCGCAAAUAGUGUUUCGCUCUGUGUUUUUUUUCUUUUUUACGCGUAAACUAUACGACGUUACAUACACGUUAUAAUCGUAUUGUACGUAUUAUUAUUGUUGUCCGAUAUUAUUAAAAAAAUAAUAAUAAUAAUAAUAAUAAAACCGGCCGUCGUCGUUUAUGGGCCCGCGACGCGCGUAUUAUUAUUGCGGCGGCGGCGGUUUUACCGGCGACAGACGUGUCAGAAUAACAUUUACGGUCGGACCGCGCGCGCGGACGCCGAGAGGACGCGCAGAGAGAUCGCGGAGCGAGAGGCGCUCGGCAAGUACAACGCGUCCUACGUUCGAGUUACGGGCGCAUCGCGAGCACGCGCCUCAAAUUCGAUAUCCGUACGUCAGCAUAACUUGUACGGUGUACGCGCGUAUAUAACGCGUUGUUUUCCAGACGUUAUAUUAUUAUCGUUUCCCCGCCGUCGCGACGCAUGGAUUCGUCCUGCGCGCGCCGUCGUCGUUUGACGGACACGGCAAUUUUCGGAUGUCAACGAAACGUUUUAUCGUUCGCGAUUCCGAACAAAUGCGCUGCGUCGUGCGCCGAGGAAAUGUCGUAUCGCCCGUGUAACGAUCACAACGGCAUGGCCGACGUAGGCCGCGGUGCGAGAACCGGUGGUAUACGCGCGCGCGCGCGCGCGUACCCGAAGACGGACCAGGUAGCUGCAGGUAUCGUUGGCGUUGCAAAAGUCACUGUUUCAAUGUUCCGAAUUAUUCGCGCGCGUACGCCCGGUCUGCUGCAGUGUGCCCGUGCCAGACUGCGCGUUAAGUCCUAUAAAGGAUUUUCUUUUUUUCGGGCAUUUGUCGAUGUCGUAUGUUUCAACGAUACGAACCAUGAUAUUCCAUUAUCGCUUUCGUUUUCGUUCGCGUUUUUAGUUUAAUAAAGAAAAGAAGAAAAAAAAAAGGCUUUCGUCUACUAUAAUACGGUCACGUUGUUAGUCCCCGCGCGUGUAUAGUUUUCGAAAUAUGCACGCAUUUCAAUACGAAAUUCGCGAAUGUUUUUUUCCCCGUUUGUUUCGAAGGUUCAUUUUUUUUUUUUUUUUUUUUUUUCCCAUGGACACGAGCACCAAUCGUCGGCGGUCGUUCCGCAUCGGUAAACUCUUCAUUUCUUCCAGUUUUUUUUUUUUCAUUUUUUUUUUGCACGAGAUUAUAAUAUAUUAGAAUAGCUCGAAUAUACAGUGUUUAAACACCGCACCUAGAUCCGCAAACAACGGCUGCAACAACAAAUCCAACAGUGAUCUACGGGUUUUUUAUUUUUAUCGUAAUGAUAUAUUCUAUCUCGUUUUAAAAAAAAAAUGUUAAUGAAUGGCGACAACAUCUCGUAGCUGUUAUAUACGGCCACUGAGAUUGUGAAUUCGAUUAUAUUCACCGGCUGUGGGUUAACAUUUUGUACGUUACAAAAACGGUAUAACCGCGUACAGCGUACGGCCCAUGCAGCAAUCUUUGAUAGUAGGUACCCCAUUGAUUCGCGAAAGGCUUUUAUUUCUUGUUUCGACUCAUAAACAAGGAUCGGGUUUAUUCGCGCAAAUAUUUACCAAGCAUAGAUUACCAGUUUUCUGCGUUGGACUUUAUUUCAACCAAAAACGUGAUUUUCGAACUUAGAUUUGAAAUUCUGAGAUAGAUACUUUUAGAUAGCGUCAUACAUAGCUGCACGCGUGUCGUCACUCGUAUCCAACCGAUUCCUCCGGAUGUUUGUGUUUGUUACGAGCCGACUCGAAAAUCUUUGCUCGCGCAAAUAAUAUGUCGUAAAAAAUAACGUAAGGCAGUCGCCCGAAUACUAUGCGGUUUUGCUCAGUAUGCAGCGUUCUUUCGCUACGCUGCAUUUCUUUUUUUCUUUUUUUUUUUAAUUUUUCGAGUAAACAAAAAAAACAGUCGACAAAGUGACGAGUGGCGCCGCCGACCACUAGUAAUAACGGGUUCUUUGAUCGUACAAUAUAAUAUACUAGUGUUACGAGCAUAUCGCGCGCAUUUUUAGCAAACGACGUAUUCCCUUUUCGAAUCCGAAAAUUAUUCAAAUUGCGAGUUUCUAUUCGCGAUAAACGAACCGUACACUCCACUGUUGAGAACUCCGUGGUUGAAAACUAGACGGACCGAUAAUAAUGUCGCGGUAUACGUGGUACAGCAGCGGCACACCGCGUCGUGUGUUAAAUACGCACCGUACGUUGAAACGCGAGAAACGCCGAAACUCGGCGGUCUAAUCGCCGGAUAUCCGCGCCCAUAACACUAGCGCAUCACAAAGGUUAGGCGCCAUCGUGAAUAUUAUACCUAAUGGUUUCGUUCGGCCAUCGCGCAACACGGUUAGGACUGACGCGAUGUGAUUAUUUCGCGAGUGUCACAAUAUUAUUGACAUUUUUCCCCGAUAGACUUGCCGUGAAGUUCGACGGAACAACGGCGCCUCGGUUAGGUAUUAUAGGCUGUCGUCGGUCCGAUCCGACUUCCGAUCAAUUUCUUUACGGCACUCUCGUGGGUUUCAGAUUCUGCGUCAGUCCGGAACGAGAAAUCAAUGUCGGUUUUACUGUGGCGUGCGUGCGCGUGUGUGUGUGUGUUUUUUUUUUUUUUAUUCAUCUACUUUGUUUGUUUCGUCCGUGAACUUGAAAGUUUUCGACUCGCCCCGAUCUAAACGACUUUAUUGACACUUGCUUGUAGUAUUUCGGACACAUUACUUGAGGGUGGAGGGGAAUUUAAAAAAUAAUAACGACAUAUUCAACUUGAAAAAAAAGCUUGUACCGUAAGCCUCCAUUCAGAAUCGGGUUUUGUUCGCAACCUUGGCGAUUUGAACUCCAUACAGCUAUUUCAUUUCGGAGUUUUUUUUCUUUUUUUUUUUUCAUCGAAACUCGUCUUUCAUCACCGUCACUGCAGUAUUAUGCGAACGCGAAAAUUCGUCUUGGUAUUUGCUGAACAUACAAUAUAUAGUAUUGCAAUUGCCCGGACACUCGAGUACAACAUUAUAAUAUGCGUAAUAAUCAUAAUAAUCGGAAAUAACCCGCAGACUCUCAUAAAUCGUCUUGGCAGAAUCCACUAUCAUUUUCGUGGGCGUAAAACGUAAUGAUAACAUAAUAAUGUUGUCGUAAGUCUCGUCACCGUACGCACAUGUAUCGACAGACCCCGAUAUAUCGACAUAUUAUUAUUUUUUUUUUUUUUUUUUUUAUAACGCGAACCGGCCGUUAAACCCGACGACUGGUUUGUCCGGUGUCCGCGAGAUAGGAUACGCACUGCGGUUACAACCGCACAUAUGAGCAAAUAUUAUUCACACGCGCGCGCGCGCGCGCGCUGAGAACUUCAUUAAUGCGGUUUAGUCGCUAUUGCAAUAAUAACGGUACCCGAGAGUGGGAAAAAAAAAAAAAAAAAAAAAAAAAAAACCGUACACCGAAAUUACAAGUUACGUUAUAUUAUAUUACGGGCGGCGACGAGCUAGCCGUCGUAAAAUAAAAUAAAAACGACGUGUUUUACGCGCGCAGUCUAGAGCCCGAGGGACCACUGCAGAUGAUGUAGCGCAGCGUAUAACAAUGUUGAUAAUAUUAUACCGUUUUCGUUGCGAUUUACAAGAAUAUACACUCGCGGCAAUGUACAGUUGGUUUCGGUGUGGUUGGCCCGGUCCAUAGUUGGUCGUCGGAAAGGUCUAUACAAAACAGCGUGUUGUUAACACGUUUUACCAUUAUUUUUCGGAACACGUGGUUUUCGAUCGUAGGAAAAUGGUAUGAGGUCGGAAUUUUCGACUCACCGCAAUCCAUUUUACAGUAUAUAUAUAUAUAUAGCUUGUCGAGAUUUUCAAUUCGUUACGAGAUAGUAAUUUUUUUUCUCUGUUUUGUUUCAGGCCGAUGAUACUGGACAUGGCUCUGGGGAGUAAAGCUCCCGCGAGCUUCCAAAACCGUUGCCGGAUAACCGCGGCCCUACUGUUGGUCGUAUGCGUGACACUCACCAAGUCCGGUAAGCACAAUACUAAAUCGCUUAAUUAUUGAUUAACCAAACAAGCACCGCACCAACGAGAUUUCCGUUCGCAUUCCCGGUGUCCAUUACCCAUCAUUCGUUUGCGAUAAUGUUUUACGCCAUAUUAUUAUAUUUGAGUUUAAUCGAUCUUUUUGUUGUUGACGACUUCGCCGCAAUAACGAUUCGCGGUUUAUUUUUUUUCCGCUCCUUUAUUGUAAUAUACAUAUUUUUUUUAAAAUUUCUAUUGAAAAAACAAAGGGCGGAAAACCGUUAAAAACGUUCGAAUCGAACGACACGCACUUUUGUUUGCACAACUAUAUCGGCCGUAUUCCGUUUGAAAAAAAAAAAUAUAUUUUUUUUUCAAGCUAUAGAUUGAAAUACUCGUCCAAACGAUCCCAGACAAUAUCAAUAAUACGACGGCGGUCAAAGGCGCGAUGAUUCGCAAACGAAUCGAAAUGAUAAUAAUUUACAAACGGCUUUUGACGAGAACGUAAAAAAAGAAAAAAGAAAACCUCGUAUUCAAUUUUGUUUGUUAUUAUCGUAACCGGCUAAAAUAUCUUUCUCGCGCUUUUCACAGCAUAAUAUAAUAAGAGCUUUUCAAACGUUUGUGUAUUCCCGUUUCGCGGGCGCGUGUGUAUUUUCGUCAUUUUGUUUUUAAACCGCAGAGGACAUACACGCGCGGAGUAUUAUAAUAGUAUGUACACGUAUAUUAUAAACUUGCCAAUGUUUUCCACGGACUACACAGCGGCGGGAUACAAAACCGCUGGAAUCUAAUUAGCCCGAGGAAUCGUAAAAAAAAAAAAAAAAAAAAAAAAAAAUAUUAAUAAUAAUAAAAUAAUAUUCUCUUCCAGUCGCGCGUCGGUCCGGUCGCUAAUAGCCGGUAAUAAAACGCAAACAGCAUAUGCAUAAUAUUAUACAAAACGAAAAAAGUGAUAUGUUGACAAACAAGCCUGUUGCCGCGGACACGGUAAAAUGCACCGGACAUGACACCGACACGUCGUCGCCGCCGUCGCGAACGCGUUUAUUUAUUAUUUACAUACCAUACCGAUCCUUCGCGCCUACAGCGUUUUGCCAUUAAACGGAUUUUCGUGACGUUUUAACGUGCGUUUUGUGUAGGCGCCCAGCUCCAAACUGAAAACGCGCAAAUCCGAUAGUUUACGAAAAAAAAAAAAAAAAAUUAUAAAAAAUGCGCCUUUGCAAUUUUAAUCGUUUGAAGGGGAACACCCGUUGUGCGUGUAUGGAGAAAAAAACUUGCGUUUGAUAUCGCCGAACGGGAAUAAUUAUUGAUCAAUUACAAACCGACGCAUGUAUAAUGUGCAAAGUUCCAUAACGGUCGGAAUAAUUCUAUAGACCCGUAAUGGCGUAGUUGACGGACGGACGGGCGUAGGCAAUACGGACAGAAUUUCGAUUUUAUAUUAUUCAGGAUUGGUACUAUGCAUCUCGGGUAUUGGGCCGUUGCACGUUGUUGCGUAAAUUAAGCGCGAACAGUCAAGGUUUAUAAGGGAAUUAUUAGUUUGUAUACCCAAAUCAACGAUAAAUCGCUCCGAACAAACAAAAACGAUUUCGAAUGGGGCUCGGUUAACUGCUAGUUAGAUUUGAAAACUUUACCGAAGGAACCCGGAAACCGAACAAAUCACAAUAAUAUUUGAUCGCAGAAAUCGUAUUUGUUCGCCUAGUUUGAACAUUUCGAGUAUAUUAUAAUUCUAGAACUUCUGACACACUGCAGAAUCUAAAUGGCAUUAUUUUUCGUAAGUUUCGGAAGUCACGGGCGAGACGAUAGUGUCUUUACGGAGACAAAUUUUAUGUUACAGUAAAACAAUCGUACGUGAUAUUUCGUUUCACGUUUCUUUUCCGGAAAAUAAACUCGGACUGUCGUCAUCGUCGGUUCAAAAUAUCCUCGGUAGAAUAUACGCGCGUAACUAUAUAUGUGCGUACGGUCAUAAAUUAUUCAACAUAUUAUUAUGCCGACAGCUUUGCUAUAAUAUCCGAGCCCUAAACGAGUAUGGCGAAUGUGAUUUAGCAUAUUAUUCAAUUGCUUUGGCGGCGAACUUAUCGCCACCGCCGCAGCGAAAUGGACACACUUAACAUUAAAAAAAAAAAAUCGCGCAUGACAAACCGGAGUAAAGGUCAUUCAAGUUGUGCAUUUUACACGGUCAUUGUAUAUACCUACAUAAUACGCGUGUGCGUGUGGUGCUUGCGCAUUUUAUGUGGAAAAUACAUCAAACCCCCCCCCAACCCCGUAUACUACGUAGGUAUGCAUUAUAAUGAUAUACGAGGCGGCGGCGGGGAAAAGUUUCUCGUCUUGCCAUUUGUAUAUAUACGAGUGCAUACUAUUAUCGCCACCACCCAUUGUUUCGGUUGUACGAGUACAUUAUACUGCAAGUACCCGCCGACCGUAGAGAUACUAUAAAAUGUCUGAUUAAUAAGCAAUCUUUUACUCGUCGUGCACCGCGAUAACUUAGAUACUAUUACUGAUUCUGAGCGAAGCGAGCAAUGUAUCGGCUUUACUAUGAUGUGUUUUUUUUUUUUCGGUAUCUCUGUAAACGAUUUUUUUUACCAAAAUUUUGCUCCAGUCGAAAACUUUACACGAACGUUCUUGAAGUAUUUUUGACGUAGUCGGUCCACUGAGGAGGCGAUUUUUCGAUUGCCCUUGGAGUUUUCUUAAUAAAUGGAAAAAACGGUAAAUUUUGUAUUGUAUUAUUUCUGUCGAUAGCUUGACAACAAGAGAAAAAAUACGACAAAUUAUACUCGGAAUCGUUGUUCUUCAACAAUGGUUUAUCGUUACUCACUGAUAUAAACUGAAUUACUCUUUAUAUAUAUAUUCUUCCUUCCAACUUAACUUGCCCCCCCCCCCUAAAACAGUGUCACACCCGUCAGAAGUGUCAGCCUUUUUAUUAUUAUUAUUAUUAUUAUCACCUCCGCAACCAUUUGAGCGUAAUCGUACAUGUAAUGUGACGCAAAUUAUUCGCGUACGAAAUAAUAAAAAAAAAAAAAAAAAAAAAAAAAAAAAUCGUAGACGGUAAAAACAAAAGUGAAUAAAAAAACAAUAAUAAUAAUAAGUAACAAUCGGCGUGGGAUGCGUGCGAACGGUGAUUUACGGUAUGCUUGAUAAUAAUAAAAUAAAUAUACACCGACGAGUACAUAACACUUUCGUUGCGUAUAUCUAUUGUGUAUAUAUGUGUAGAAAAGGCGUUUAACGCGCGCACGCUGUAUAUAAUAGCCGCCUCAAUAGCCGUCCAUUAGCGAAAAAAAAAAAAAAAAAAAAAAAAAAAAAAAAAAAUAAUAAUAAAAAAAAUCUCGGAGCAAAAUAAUUGGACAUCCGUGAACUUGGCCGUAAAAAAAAAAUCCCGACGUUUCUCGCCGAGUUCACGAUUCUCGCGUAAUCGCCGUCGACCCGAUCACGCCGGGGCCGUCUGCGCACGUUUCCUAUAAAGGUAGGUAUGUGGCGUACGACGAAAACCGAAUUCCGGUUCGAACCGUUGUAAUAUUUUAUAAUACUGUACUUUUAUGCGGGCGUAUAAAUUGAUUUAUCAUUAUUUCGUUUUUUAUUUUUGUUUUAAACAACGCCACCGUGAAUAUACGAUUCGAAUCCUCCCGAGCACUCGCGUAUGAAACAUACCUGUUGCAAUGUUUCGGUGAGAAUCUCUUGGAUCCCUGCGAAGCUCACCCGCGGGGUAAAUAUUGUUGUAUCUGUUUGGUAAGAUACACGCCUAGUUUGAUACAAAGAAAUGUAACGAACAGACAAUGACUUGGGAUGAAAACUUUAUUAAACGAUAAUAAUUAUUGAAAUGACUAAAAAUUAAAAUUCACAUACGUGUCGCAUCCGCUUCAGAUGUGAAUGCACAACGCGCGGUACUGAAAAAAUUUCAGGAGGAAAAUUUCGGGGAAGCGAGAAUAAUAGGAAUCCUAAAAUGUAUCGCUUGACUGAGAUGGGUCGGACACUUGCGAAAGAUUCGGAGAAUUACUUCGGACGAAUAACGGGAUGAGAAACGGACACCGCAUGACCAAGUCGACGUGUCCCAUAAACAGAGAUGGCCGGACCGGGCGAGGGCAGAUAUUUAAGAUUACCCUAGACCUGUUGGACGACCGAGAGGAGGCUGAAAACAGAGACAGUUUGGAUGACGGAAGCAGCGGUGUUGUCACGACCGCGGACUUAAAUGGUCUUGGCGUUACUAUAACAACAACAAUCUUAUAGCGCACGGUAUAAGAAAAACCGGCAAUCAUCAUCGGGAGGACUUGGCGAGAUUCCUCGGACGUGUAUAAUGCUGUUAUAACAAUAUUCUAUAUAAAUAUAUUGUAUAGUAGAUAUAUUAUUAUUAUCGUGUCUGCUGCGGUAAACAUCCGCGAUCCGUCGAACCCGUCGAGAAUCCACACCGCGUUAGGCGCGACAACAGAACGCGAAUCGCUAUUGUACACGGGUAUAUACCGUUAUUAUUGCGUUAUAUCGUAAGCCGUCGAUAUUAAACGGAUUUCCAAAACACGAUUCGUCGGGAUUCCGCGUUUUUUCGUCGGAGUCGCCGGAGUUCAAUCAAAUAGCAGUGCGCUUACCGGCGAGACUACCGAAUUACGCAAACAAGAUUCAUAAAGUUAUCGCGUACAAUGGACGGCGUAUACGUAUUGAGACGGCGGUGAACCGUUCGGUUUUUCGACGGGGAAUUAAAAUACCGUGUACUGCGACAGGCGGUGGGCUUUGAAAGAGAAAUACUCGGACGUAUAUUAUACGGACCGAUAUUAGAACACGGAGUGAACAGAAUGAGAAAAAAAUAUAUAGGAUUCACAACUAAUUCACCGAAAACCCAGUAUUCGUGAUGACCCGAAGAGCAAACGAAUAUAAAACGGUUUUUUUUGAAGAAAGCCUCGAUCGGGAAAUCAAAUGGGAAAAUACCACGGGGUCAAGACAGCGCUGAAUAGACAGAUGUAAAUUUUGAUGAUGUAACAAAACGUACCCGAGAAGUAAUAAUAUAAGAUGGCGUUGACACGAGAAGUGUUUAUACGAAGUAGUGACGAUCCUAAAGUAGUGAGUAGUGAGGACUGUUUAAGCUUAAAAAGAAGAAAAAAGAAUAUUAUAAUAUUUCGUAUUGUGACAAAAAAAUAUGCGAGUUGAGAAAUCACGCGUUGGCCACGUGUCCGGACAUCUUUACCGGGAUGGCAAAUAAUUUUUCCCGAUUUAUCGGACUCCCCUAGCGUCGUUGUAUUGUAAUAUAAUAUAUCGGAGAGAAUUUAAAUACCUAUUUGUAUGUGUGCACUGAAGAUGUAUUUUAUUUUUCAUUUCUAUGAAAUACGAACAGCAUAAUACGAGUUAAACAUUCUCGCAGACAGGUACUUCAUGCGUUUAUAUAGACACCGAGAUAAGGUCAUAAAUGCUGUGGUUUUUUUUUUUUUUUUUUUACACAAUACGUAUAGGUAUACUCAAUAUAUGCGUAUAUUUUUAAUAUAAUAUAUUAUUGUUGCGAUAGAAUGUUUUUACUACGUUUUAAUACCGUGGCGUACAGUUUAUCUUACUACAAACCGUAUAACUGAUAGUGUUUAUUAUAGAAUCCUGUUUGGAGUUUAACUGUUCGAGUCCUGUGUAAUAACGGCCUACACGGUACAACGCCGUUCUCGUUUUAUUUUUUUUUUUUUUUUUUUUUUGCUUACGAUCCAACUGUAUAUAUUAUUAUGAAGACACCUCCGACGCCGCUGAUCAAGCCAGGUAACGAGUUCGUGAGACGACAUUACAAAAAAAAAAAAAAAAAAAACGAAUAAAAUGCCCCGGAGUAAUAAUAAUUAUUAUUAUUAUCAUUAUUAAUGCUUUACGUUUCGGAAGGUAAAACUCGACCGGUGUAAUAAAACCGUGAUACCUGCGAUUCCGUGAGAAAAUCUACGGAAGUCUCACCGGUGUGUACCGUUAUUUCUCGCAAAAUAAUAUGUGUUUAUGUACACAUCAUUCGCGGAUGCCAUCUCAUCGUAAUAAUUAACGAGUAUGUGUUUGUGUUGGUUUGUGCGUGUGUGAGUGAGCAUGUCCGCGUUUCCGUCAAACGUCAUAAUGAAAUCGACAAAGUGUUUAAACAUAUUUUGAGUAUAAUAUAAUAUGUUUCAACAGGAUAAAAAAAAAAUAAAUUUCUUCGGGUUUACUGCGACAAACGCAAACACAGAGCAUACGACUACGUUAUAUUGUUUAGCUAUAAGUAUUAUUGAUUUUCAAAUAUGGGAUGGGUAUAAGUAUUUUUUUUUUUUUUUUUUUUUUUUUUGUCAAAAACAAAUGAUAGAAAGGCAAACGUGUUUGCCAAGUGAUAGGAACAGCUAUCAAUAGGUACCUAAUUGGCCGACGACAUUUUUCCGACGAAACCACGUUUUUACACUUCUCUGCGUGUAACACAUAUUAUACUGUAUUUGUUGAACACGUAAUAUACGUAAAAGUGUUUGCAGACCGAGCCUUGCUCAAGUGCAUUUUUUAUGAUUCGGUUGAAGGUACACGCAAAUUUAUUAGAUCCAUUUUUGAAAAACGAUUUUUUUUCGUGUCGUUGCCAUAUAAAUACUGCAUUAAUUUUGCUGCAUGACGAUGAUCCAACAACUCCCGACGGUACACGAUGACGCGCAAUUUAAGCAUUCUGUAUUUAAGCCCUUUACAGAAUCCUACCCCCCUUCCUUAGAAAAAAAAAUCCCGGUACAAUGAAUUCCUCCGUCCCACGACCCUUAAAUACCAACGUCUGGGAGAAUCGCAUAGCUGGGGUAAAAAAUAAACAGUACAUAAUUUGUAUUAUUAUACUCGUGUAUACAAUUUAUUAUUUCACGUGUCAUAUUAUAGGAUUACAUACCCAUAUUACAGUGCAGUAUAAGUGCAGUAUACGUUUUCCAACUGAUGUUAUAAUACGCAUGUGUUCUGCUCGUCUCGGUUUGAGCAAUGGAGUUGGCCGGCGGAGUCGUGACUGUAUAGUAUAUGUAUACAAGUACGAAAUAAAGUUCAUUAACGCUCGAGGACGGGAACGGAUAACACGUGCCUUCGUCCGGAGUAAUCGGCGUUUUCUCCUCCCCUCGUCAUCAUUCCCCGUGUCUCGAAACCGUCAAUUACAGUCAUCCUACAUUACGUAGCAGCUGUGUAUAGGUAUAUGAUUACUCCGUUCGUGUCUUCGGGAAAUGCGAAAUUCCGCCGUAAAAAUAGUAGUGUUAUAAUAUUAUGCGCACACGCUACACCCGCUGCACAGCCGCGUUACAGGCUGCGUUUUUUUCUCUCUCCUAUAAUUCUAUACGUAAUAUUAUAUUUAUACUAUUAUAUUAUACUAGUCCACGUUAUUUAUUUUUUGUAUUCAUUUUUCUCCUCUCUAUUUUUAGAGAACCGGUUUCGGUCUGCACUGGUGCAUGCGCAUGCGUUUACCGUAAAACUAUACCGAGCAAAUUAUGAAACGGCCCCCGAGGCGGCCGCGGCGCCGAUAAAUCUCACGUUGCCCACAACGGGCAAAGUUGUUUUCGUACGGUACGCCCCACAUUCAGGACGGCCACCGUCGAAAACGAAUAAUAAUAAUAAUAAUGAUACAGUUAGGUAUUAUGUACAGUAGAGGAAACCCUUAAACGGGCAGACCACAAAUGUAGGAUGAAUCCGCCGUCACCGUUACUUCGACGACUUCUCCGUAUAACAUCAGACGAAAAAUCACGAUAAAAUUUAACUCGACAGACUAUUGCGACAGUAUAAUUGUUUGACGUACACGGACAACGAAAAGACGCCAAAAUCUAAAAUGUCGAAAAAAAAUCCCAACGCACAUAUUUUAUUUCAAGAGUAAAUUUUGUUGGAAGAGCAAAUAUCAACUUCACUUAAACUUUUCACCGUGAUUAUAACUCAUUUGUUCCAAAUAUAAUACAUCCUUGCAAUUGUUAUACUUAGUAGUCUUGUGAAAACUAAACGCGUUAACGAUACAAGUGUAGGUAUAACCGAUUAUUCUAGUAACAUCGUUACCAUCGGCGCUUACCUGUGUGUUGGGUUGGCUUAGUUUAGAUUAGAUAUUAUCGUCAACGAAUGUUUUUUUCUACUAUAUAACAUUGUGUUCCUUACGUUCUUAUAAUGUAAAAUGAAUUUUAUAAAAUUAACAAAAUAUAAUGUUUAUUUUUCAGCACCAACGACCUACGAUGAAAUCGAAGCAAAACGAACAGACCUGGUUGAUUAUUUUAAUGGUAAGGUUUCAAAUAUAUAUAUAUACGAAUACUUAUUUUUUUUUUUUUUUGUUUUUGAUAAAAUAACUAUUGUCCUCACCAGUUCAAUUAUUUAUAUGUCAUUCUACUCGUAUUAUUAGACAAAACACGAUUUUUAUAAGAAUCGGGAAACAUAUAAAAGAAGGCUAAUCGACUAUGCAAAACACCUACAUCGAUGUCAACGAUAUUAUUCGGUUGCAUUUUAUAUACUCGUGUAUUUAAUCAAAGUAUAAAAUACAAUAAUAUUGAUUUGUCAAAUGCAAAAUAUAAUAUUUGAUGAUAUUUUUUUUUUAAUUUUGAUACUAUCAAUGGUACAUUUUAUGAAAGAUAUCAUAUAGAUUAAUACGGAAUUAUUAAACUAUGGAUUUUCUUAAAAAAACAAACGUUUACGUGUUUUUAAAGUUAAAAUAAUACGUUUUAUUUUGUCUAGAUCCAAAUGGCUGCUAUUACAAUUAUCAACAUUAUGAGGAAGGCGAUCGCAUUGUGACUAAUGAACCCUGUUUGAAUUGUACAUGUCAUAAUCGGAUGUUGAUGUGUUAUCUAAGGGUGUGUCCAUUUUCAAAAGCUAUUGGGCAAGAUUGUACAGUACAAAAAUCUCCAGAUCAAUGUUGUCCAGUAAUUUCCUGUCCAGAAGGUAAGUUAUUUAAUGAAAAAAUGUAAAAUAUAUCUGUACAUCAAUAAGCCACCCAGUUGGUUCGGAUGUUACAGUGCCAGUGCACCUGUUAACCAGUUCAACUACACAGAAACCGACAACGACAACUGAAAUUGGAUGGCAUGAUAACUACGGGUGCAUGAUGAAUGAAAAUGGAUUUUUCCCUGAUGGAGCACAGGUCAGUCUAAAACCAAUUCGAUCAAAUUUAAUCAAAAUAUAUAGAUAUAUUAUUAUUACAUUUUAACCAAAUUACUUAUUUUACAUAGGUACCAUCUGAUCCAAAAAAACCAUGCGAGUUAUGUUAUUGUAUAAGAAAUCGAACAGCGUGUGUCAUGCAAGAGUGUACAUUACACGUUGAAGGUUGUAGACCAGUAUAUCAAGAGGGUGUUUGCUGUCCAGUUAGAUAUGAUUGUGGUAAGUUCAUACGAUGUGUACUUUAAAAAUGGAAAUGUUUAAAAAUCCUCUAACGAUUUAUAUUAAAUAUUUAGAUUAUGAAAGUGAAAAAUCUACUACAUCAGCUCCACAAAUUAGUGGUGGGUUAGUGUUUUCGACUACUUCUGCGCCAUUCGAUUGUCGAGUCAAUGAUGAAGUAUAUAAUGACGGAGAAUCUAUUUCAAUGGUCUCAGAAAAACCUUGUGAACACUGCUAUUGUAUGAGAGGUGAUAUUGUGUGUGCAGUCCAAGAUUGCGGUGAACCACUUAGAGGAAAGGAUUGUACUCCGGAAACACCACCUGCUGGUCAAUGUUGUCCUACUUCAUAUCAAUGCGGUAGGGUUACUAUUUAAACAAUUAUUAUUAUUAGUGUGUGUUAAAACUAGUUUUUUUUUUAAAUAUUUUAUAGCAAAUGAAACAAUUAAUUCAGAUGAUAUAACAACGUUACUACCGGCUUCACAAAGUGAUUCGGAUGAAAACGAAGCCGAAAAAUUCAACUCAAAUAAUGACGUAUAUGAUAAAUUAGGAGAACAUCAACCAAGUCAAGACCAUGAUAUACAUGAUCUAUAUGUUGACAAUGUGUACACUACGGCUAGUUACAACAAUGAAAUCCCAUCUGAUGAAACAUCGGACCAAACAACUCACAGUUCAGUUAUUGAUAAUCAUAAAUUAGCAGGGGAUUUAACUACUGUACCGGAAAGUAAUAGUGUUAACACAGUUAAUGAAGAAAAACAACAAGAAAAUCCAAAUGUCAUACACGAUUUAACAAAUCAUGAAAACCCUACCAGUACAGAGACUGAUCACACUAUUUAUGAAAGCACAAAUAAACCUGUGGAAUCACCUUCAACAGAUAAAGUUCAACCAAUUCAGUCACCUACAAAUGAUUAUUCGGUAAAUACUGUAAGUCCUAAUGCUGAAACAACACUUGAUGAAAAUACCAAUGUUAAUAUUAAUGAAGAAAAUAACAAUAGUGAAAAUGAUUCCCAAUUUCCAAGUCAAGACAACCUUGAGUCAAAUUCACCAACAGUAUCUACUGAAAUGUCUACAGAAAGUGGAACACAAAGCAGUAAUAUACAAGAUAAACCAGAAAACAAUAGUGAACAACAAACUAUUAUGCCUUUCGAAGUUGAAAUAGAACCCACCAAAUCGAGCAACGAAGUACAAACUACACAAAAAGAGCAGAUAGACAUUAAACCACAAAAUGGAAUAACGUCUAAUGAAAACAAAAACCCUCAAAAACAAAACAGUGAAGAAAACAAUGAAGGUAGUACGGAAAGUGUUAAUGACCAAACAAUUGUCUCAUUAAAUGAAUAUGAACAAACAACACAAAAAUUGAUUCAAAAUGACAUUGACAAAACACUUUUGGAAGAAUCAAAUCUACAAACUGGUUCAAUACCAAAUAAAGAACAAGAAAACUCAUACCAAGGGAUUCAAGACAUUACUCAAACGCCACAACAAAUUAAUUCACAAACUGAAAGUUCCUUGGCCGAAGGCCAAAAUGAAUUAAAUGAUAAUAGGCCUCAAGAAAAUGUUUCAACUGAACAAAAUAAAUUACCUGUUGAAAACCAACCACAAAUUGAUGAUCAACCUGAAUCAGAAAGUACAUCUACAGAACAAAACCAAGAUAUUCCACAAAGUGAAAUAGUUUCUCCCACAGAACCCCCUAAAGUAGAAAAUGAAUCAACUGAACAAAAUAAACCACAACUAGAAAACAAGCCACAGGCCGAAAAUCAACCUGAAUCAGAAAACACACCUUCAAUACCAAAUCAAGAUAGUUUGCAAUCAGAAAAUGUAACUCCAACAGAAUUUCCUAAAGUUGAUAAUGUACCCAUUGAACAAAAUAAACUUCAAGUGGAAAAUAACCCACAUGCUGAAGACACGGCUGUUUUCCAAAAACCAUCUACAGAAGAAAAUCAAUAUAGUCAAGAGGUGAUCAAUGUUUUACCAACUGAAAUUCCAUCCAAACCAAAUGAAUCACAAUCUGAAAAUAUAUUAUCAGAAAAUGUUCAAAAGAAACCAGCAGUGCCAGAAAACGAUUUAUCUACAGAACAACCUGACGAAGAUAAUAAUAUAUUUGUAGUGUCACCGACAUCAUCACCAUUGUUUUCACAAAAUCAAGUCAAAGGCGAAGAAUCUACCUCAACUUUUAACAUUAACGACACUAAUGACAAAUAUUCUUCAACAGAAAAGAAUGAAAAUAAAGUUAUUGAAAUACCACAAACAUUAGCUGAGGAUAAAAUAUCUUCUACUGGAGAAUCAAACAAAUUACCUCCACUUAGUUCCACUGAAACUGCCCAAGAAAAUAAUAACGCAGCACCACAAGUAAAUGACAAUAAUACUGAACAUUCCACUGAAGCAAAACCUAUUGAAAACGAAGCCAACAAUGAUGCAUCAAGUGGUGUAACUAGUAGUCCAGUUAGUUUUAAUAAUCAAAUAUCAGGUAGUGAUGAACAUAACGAUAACCGAUUUGGUCAAAACAACCCGCAAAAUUCAGAACCAGCUCUUGCACCGACAACUGAAACUAAUGAUGACGUUAACUCAGGAUUAAUAAAUCAUGGUGUGUUAGUAGAUGAUCCUACUUCUCAGGAUAAUCAGCCAGAUUCCGUAGAUGAAGAAAAUCAAGGUGUUUCUGAUACCGAUUUAGUAGAACUUCAAAACGGUCCGCAAACUGUAAAUACAGUGGGACUAGAAUUGUCAACAAAUCCGCCAUCCGUUUAUGAAACGAUAAAUGAUAUUACUACUUCUCUACCUCAACAACAGUCAGCAGACAACAUUGUCCAAACGAAACCAGAGGAAACAAAUCCUGUUGAACCAAUUGAACAAACGCACGAUGAACCGGUACCAAUUGAUUUGUCUGAAAACAGUUCAACUGAAUCUCCCGAUAACCAUAAUGUACCAACAGCAAUUGGCGAAAUUCAUAAUGUCGAUGAAAUUCCCAAGCCAACUGAAGUACCAGUGUUUGAUACCAAUAAUGGUGGACAAUAUGUCCCUACACAAAUUCCAGAACAAAAUAAUGAAUACGAAAAUUCCACGCCUCAUGAACAAUCUCAAGAUGAGAAUAUUAACAAAAUUGUGGAGCAAUCGUCAAUAAACACAGAACAUUCACCUGAUAAUAAUAAUAAUUUGAAUACAGCUACUGGAUCAAAUCUGAAUAACGAAGAAUAUAUUACUCCUCCGUCAGACAAAAUAGAACUCGGUACUAAUGCACCACAAGAAUUUGGUGAAGAACCUACUCAAAAUACGAACGAAAAUAUUUCAGUUGAAAAUGAAAGUACAACUUACUCCCAAGCAGCACAAAUUAAUCAAGGUAAUUCAGAAAAAGUAGAAAAUGUAAACAAUUUAGCAACUACUAAUAGCUACGCUGAUAUAUCAUUGAUAGUGUCUACUACAAACUCUCCUAUUAAUCAAUACAAUGAAAACAAAGAAAGUUCUCCUUUAAACCCAUCCAAUAAUAUCAAAAUAAAUGUUGACAACUAUCAAUCAGUAACGGUUAUACCACAACAAAAUGCAGACUUUGAUGAGACAUCAACUCAAUACAGCAUUGAUGAUAGCAAUACAAGUAACAUAAUCCAAGAAUCUCCAAACGUGAACGGAAAUAAUAUUCCUAAUGGGGUGAAUCAUGAUCAAAUUACUGAGUUAUAUGCCACUCAAUCAUCUACUGAAAAAAAUACACAUACCGCUGAUUCGAAUAAAAUUCCCAUAACCGACGCAACUACAACGGACAUUCCAAACUUGCCGGAACAGAAUAACAGUGUAGAAAUUAAUGCUAAUGAAAUAGCCGAUGAAAAAUCUACAGAAACUCCAUAUGACACCGACAAUCCAUUAGUAACAAAUACACCCAAUUAUGUUAUUGAUAUAACAACAAUGAAUCCUAGUGAAUCACCAAAUAAUGUCCCAGUGCCAAUCAAAACAGAAGACCAAGUAAAUUCUAUAAAUGAAGUCACAACAUCUAAUAUUGAUCAAAACAAUGAUGCAACAACAGAAUUAUACGAAAAUGUCCAACCUGGAGUGCCCGGGGAAGGAAGUUGUUUAAUUAACUUUAUUACUUAUGCUCAUAAAGCUGAAGUGCCUAAAUCAAACCCAUGUCAUGAAAAAUGUGAGUGUUUAAAUAGUAUUGUUACCUGUACUUCUGUUAAUUGUCCACCAGCACCACCAACGCAUAAGAAUUGUAUACCUUUACAUCCAGGAAAUGAGUCGUGGUGUUGUCCAACAUACUUAUGUGGUAAGUAGUUAUUUAAAAAUAAUAAAUUACGAUUUGUUUAAUUUUUUGAUUAUAAAAUUAUAGUUUUAGGUUAGCCUAACCAAUAACUUUCAUUAUAUAAAUGAUAAAUAAAAUUAAAAUAUUAUUUUUUUAUUUCGCAGAAGGAGGCAUCGAAGGAAUGAUAUUUGAAAAUCAUGAUAAACUUGGAGGCACUCCUCAAUUAAUAUCAUCUGUGUUAUUAGAAGAUAAACCAGAUGAAGAAAAUUACGAUAAAACGCCAUCAGGUGAAAUUCAAAGUACGACUAAUCCUCAAAUCGCAUUAGAAUACAAUACGGAAACACCGGUACAAUUUGAUUUGAACUCUAAUACAAACUCACAAGAUGCUACUGACGUUCCCGUACAAUAUGAAAUUCCUGAUAAGCAAAUUGAUGAUUUUAUAACAACAACACAUACGCCAGUUACAACUGCUAGUAUUGAACCAAUAGAUCAUAAAAAACCAAUUGGAAUUGAAAAUCCAGUAAUAAGUGAUCAGUUAACAGAAAACAUCCAAUCUUCAGGAAAUGAAAAACCCGUAGAUAACGAUCAAUCGUCAGAAAACGAUAAAUCAUCUGAAAAUGAAAAACCGACGGAAAAUUAUCAAUCUUCAGAAAAUGGAAAACCAACACAUAAUUCUGAAGUUGAUAUUUCAACAGUUACUUACGUAUUUGAUGUACAAACCACAACAAACAAACUUGAAGCAUCAAAUAAUUUUGCAGAACAAACCACAUUAUCGAACGCAGUAAAUGAAUCUCCGGACUACUCAGUACCAUCAACUGAUAAACCAAAUUAUGAAUCAACAUUAGCAAACAUACCACCAGCUAAUGAUCAAAUCCAACCAGAACACAAUUCAGAGUUAGAUGACUCAAUAACGGCAACUACUUACGCACCAAAAGAUUCUGUAGUAGAUAACCAAGAAAACGAGCAAUUAAAAGAUGGAGUUAGUAAGCCGACUUCCAACGAAGAAUCUAACUUGAAACCUAUCAGUGAUAUAACGGAUCUACCCGUGGUAGAAGUUACUCAGACUUCUACCAUUGUUUCCGAUGAAAAACCGACGAAUAAUGAAAGUAAUGUGAACGGCUUAAGACCAACAAGCAUCGACGACAUUAUUUCUUCUGUUAAUUUGGUUAAGGAUGCUAUUAAAAAUUCGUUGGAAACGUCAUCAAAACCCGCAGAAAUCGACUACCAGACUACUGUUGGAGUGAUUGAAAACGAUCAUCCGACAACCGUAACUGGAGAAUCUGGUAGUCCUUUAUUAGAUGAUUCUUUGCCAAAUAAAUACAACGAACCUCUAACUACCGAGAAUAGUGUAAACGUGGUACCAGAAUUACAAACUGAUGUAUCUAAUGAAAAGUUACCUGAAAAUCUUACUCCUAUAGAAUCAUCUGAUGAAUUAGGAGGAACUACAAAAAGUCCAAACGUAUUGCCAUCAGCGAAUGCUGACCAAGAAGUAUCGACUGAUUUGUUAUUAAACGCCCUUGAUAAACAAGAAAUCUCAUCAAAUCCUAGUGUAUCAAACUCGAAUGUAAACAAACCUGAAGAAAUAUUAGAUGAUAAAACUUCAGAAGUCACUACUGUACAAUAUGUAUUAAGUUCUACCGAACAAGAAUCGGCGAGUAACGUACCAGAAACGUCUAGUGAUUCUAAUGUUCUUCAAGUGAAUGUCGAAUCGAGUACAAGCGUACCUGGAAUAGUGGCUAACGACAGAAUAUCCGAUAUGACCACACAGACGUUACAAUCAGAAGCACAACAACAAGUGCACGUAGACAACUUACCGAUAAACAAGCCAGUUGAAGCAGAAACACCAGUCGACGCAGAAUCCCCGGUUUUACCUAAUGCCGACUCCAGCACCGAUAAUAUCCAACCCGUGGAAGUAGUGACACAAACUGUAAAUGGCCAGUUACCGACCGAUAACUCUGUUGCAAGUCACGAUUCAGAUGACAAUAACAAAUAUGUUGGAGAGCCAAACAGUUCGCCAACACCAUCUGAACCAUCAGUGGUCCAUGAAGACAAUAAACGACCGCAGGAAGGAACUGGGGAUAUGGUGCAAAUACCGUUUGACACUGAGAAGCCAUCAUUGAAACCAUUUUCUAGCACUCCAUUCACGCCUACUUACAGUCAAAAACCACCAUACACACCAAUACCGCAAUCAACGUGGACUCCGAAACCAUUCCACCAAGACAGUACUUCCGAGGCUCCCCAGCCCGACCAAGGGUUCCCGGACGAAUAUGAUGACGAAAACGAAGCUGUUUUUGGGCCAGGCACGUGCAGGUAAAUGAUAAUACAUUGUUACCGUAUUGUAACGUUUAACCUCCUAAAUGUGAAUUGUUGUUUUUCUAGAUACGGUGGCAAGAUAUACGUAUCCGCUCAGCAAGUGCCCAGGGAUGAUCCGUGUGAUUUCUGCUUCUGUUUCCGUGGUGACAUUAUUUGCCUACAACAGAGCUGCCCGCCGCCAAUAUUCGGAUGUUAUCAGGAGAACAUACAAGGUUUCUGUUGUCCAAGAUACGAAUGCCCCGUUGCUCAAACCACGUCAGUUAACGUGACCACAACUACGACCACGACCACUACGGCGGUCCCUCCACAUUUCUUCGCCGGAGCGUAUCGAGGAGCGGCCAAACGAACUGGUUGUCUUAUCCACGGCCACGCUUAUAAAGUAGGCGAAGACGUUGGAAUAGCCUCCGGUCCCUGUCUCGAGUGCACGUAAGUACCUAUAUCAUUCAUUGUGUUGUUUCGCAAGUGCAAUAGUCUAGAGUUUGGACUCUAAACGUAUAGUUAAGCGUAUGUUAAUAUUCUUAACUAUGACUAACCGACUAUAAUUAUAACUAAUCUAACUACCGCUAGUUGACCGGUUACAUUUGUAAUUAUAAAUUAACGAGUUUUAAUUAUUGACUCAUGUCCGCAGAUGCCGUGCUGACGGUAAAAUGAAAUGUGACCCUAAACCUUGCAGUCCGGAGCCACUGCUCAGAAAAAUGAUGGCUGAAGCGGUUGACCAGAGGAAGCGGUGA